GGUGGCUGGGGAACCAGGUUUUCCAUUUAACUCGGUUUCAAGUUUUGAAUGCUGCAUUUUAUUAAUUUGCAUAAGAACACAACUCUGGUGUAACACAUUUAGCCUUAGGCAAGGUGGGUUAAGCCUGCCUUAUGUCAGAAUGACAGGUGGCAAGACACACAUCACUGGUGUCGUUGGAGAAUAGCGGAGAACAAUGGAGACACCAGAAGAAAAUGGUGGCAAAGGCGUUGGGGAUCCUGGUGGAGGAAAAUCAGUAACACCACAGAAGAAAACUCGUCCUACUACAUUACUUGAAGAUACGGGAAGAGCCAGCAGCCCGGGUCCAACGAGGCUCAAAGAUCGAGUCAGCUUCUACGAACAGGUAUGGUCUGGUGCGAAGUCACCGUCAACAGAAACAGUCGCGGAAAAGGGAAGAAGCAACGUCGACGACCGUUCUCUCUUCGCUGAUGUGUCUGAGAUCGAGCAUCGCUUGCAGGAAGAACAACUUCGCCGACGUGCUGAGAGUCCUGUUACGAGGGAGCACGUGAAGCUGAGGUCCUCGCGUGCUGGGGAUGGAGGCUCCCGUCUCAGACGCGCAUCCACAGAAGACAGUAGCAGUAACAACAGCGAAUCGUUCGAAGAAACAUUUGAACGAGUUGUCGAAGAAGGAGAUCUUCUGGGUGGAGGUGCGAAGGUUGUCAAAUUUGAAAGAAUCACGGUUCACAAAUCUGUUAGGGAAAUCACAACUGUGCGUCCGACCACACCCAUUUCUGGUGCUGCACCAUCAGAAGCCACAGUGAGCCGAACACCGUCAGAGGAACGUAUCCUUCAAGACGACUCUGCGUAUCAUACAGUCAGUCACAGUCAACCUAGUACUAAUGGUUACCAUACAAGUGCGUCGAAAUCUUCAUCAGUAACAUCUCUGGCCGGGAGAUUUCCGUCUGAAGAAAGUCUGAGGAGGACGCCGUCCAGGGAGGGACUCCAGCAAGUCGGCGCCACCGAGUUAGAGGGAGGAAGCCGCCCUGGGUCCACAAGCAGCAGCAUUGAGUGGUAUUCCGAGUACCGAACCCAGUCUUUUCACAACAUGGCUGCGAAAUUGGAAUAUAUCCGAAGUCGCUCUCAGUAUGACUCACACAUCGCGGAAAUCAAAGACGAACAAGAGAGAGUGCAGAAGAAGACAUUCGUGAACUGGAUCAAUUCUUAUCUGUCCAAGCGAGUUCCACCGCUUCGGAUAGAUGACUUGAUAGAUGACUUGAAGGAUGGAACCAGACUGCUUGCCUUGCUGGAAGUCUUGUCAGGUGAAAGACUGCCAGUGGAAAGAGGGCGGAACCUAAAGAGGCCACACUUUCUUAGCAAUGCCAACACUGCUCUGCAGUUCCUACAAAGCAAAAAGAUUAAACUUGUCAACAUCAAUUCUUCUGAUCUGGUGGAUGGUAGACCUCCAGUUGUUUUGGGUCUUAUUUGGACCAUUAUUCUAUACUUCCAGAUUGAAGAAAACACACGAGCACUUGAAUCUUUGGAUCACGCAUUUGGUGGGAGUGCCAGCAGUUUGGAGAGCCUGGGUGCACGCUCAUCUGAGGGGGUAGCAGUUGAAGGAAAGAAGAAAGAGCCAAAUGAAAGAAGGAGGCAGGGUGCUAGGAGAGCAAUGCUACAUUGGGUCACCAGUACACUCCCCAAGGAUCAUGGUAUUGAAGUACGAGAUUUUGGUGGUAGUUGGCAAGAUGGUUUUGCUUUCCUUGCCAUUAUUGAUGCCAUCAAGUCAAAUUUAAUCAACUUCCCAGCAAUGCGCCAAGCUUCUAACAAGACUCGUCUAGAAACAGCCUUUAAUGUGGCUGAGAGUGAACUUGGAAUUGCACGACUUCUCGACCCGGAAGAUGUUGAUGUGCCUCAGCCUGAUGAGAAGUCCAUCAUGACAUAUGUUGCUCAGUUCCUGCACAAAUAUCCUGAACCCAGGGCUGCUGAUGGUUCAAGUACUUUGGGUGCAAUUGAAGCUGAAUAUAAUGAACUGAUAUCAUGGCUACUUAAGAAGACUCAGUACUUAGAACAUCUCCAGCAGACCAAUUCAUUGUCCAUGGUUUAUUCUGAUUACAAAACAUUCAAGGGUGAAUUUGACGAGAAAGCAAAAGUUUUUGGGAAGCUGAAGAGAGUGAUUGAGUCACAAAGUAUGGUUACCAUUACUGUAGAGUCAUGGCGUGAAAUUGAAAGACUCUGGACUAAACUAGAAACACAGCUUCAUAACUGGCUGUGGCUACUGGACUCAGGAUUGCCUGGUGAUCUCGGCCAAGUAGGAGAGUGGCUGGGACGGGCAGAGGCUCUUAUAGCUUCUGAUGAUAUCCCUACUAUAAUGAAUGAAGAGACUGCCAGUAUUAUCAGCAGGAAACUGGAGGAACAUAAGGUUUUCUUUGCUGACUUACCAGCUAUUCAAGCCAAUUUCCAAAGAGCGAAACUGUCCCACGAUGCUGUGGAUGUUCCUUCAGAGCAACUCGAAAGUUUGACCGAGCGAUUUGAAAUGAUUGGUCCAAGAGCUGCACAGCGCAGAGUCAGACUCAAAUUCCUUGAACAUAAGUGCUGCCUGAUUGCAUUCCUGCACCUGACUGAGACUAAACUGCGGGGAUGGACAGUGAAAUACGGACAAGAAGAAAAAGUGCAGCAGCUACUAGAGCAGUAUCGUAAUUUUGUAUCUCGAAAUCGAAUCUUCCAAGAAUUCAACAAGGCCUAUAUUGACAUGCAACAAGUAGUAGAGGAGUACAGGAGAGAAGGCAAUAUUGACCAGCGCGAAAGUGUAAGCAUUGAUCGCUUUAUGCAUGAAACUGGUGAACGCUGGAAGAAUGUGUCAAUGGAACUACGCUGUGUGCAAAGUAUGUUAGAAGAAGUAGUUGCAUACUGGCGAAGGUGGAACACCUUGGCUGAAGAAUUUGAGUCUUGGCUUGACCGAGCAUAUGGAUUGCUUGAUUUGCCAGAAGAGGAUAAAAUGGAAUAUUUUCAGGAUGUUAGUGUGUGGAAGGACAAGUUCCAGCUCCUGGGAGACACCGUCAGUUUCCUCAUUGCUACCUGUGAAGAUCAAGUAGCACAUGAACUGAGGGAGAGGUACCUCAGAAUCUCUGCCCGAUGGGAAGACCUCUUCCAGCAUGUGAAACAGUAUAUGCAUGCAGGAGAUAUACUCAGGCAUCGUAAGGACUACCGUGCUGGAGUGGAGCGUCUACAGCAGUGGUUGAGGAAUGCAGAAUCAAUUCUUUCAUCCUCACAGCUUAGUUCCACAGAAAAGAUCAAAAUCUAUGGUGAACAGUUACAGCAAUUACAGAAUGAAAUUGAGGGCAUAGAAGAACUCUUCAAAAAUGUCAGCAAGAAGUUCCAGGCUAUGAUUCAAGAUCUAUCAAGAGAUGAGGUAGACCGAAUUAUGAAUACACUCAAAAAGGAGAAAGAGGCACUGGUACGAGUACGGGCACUGAUUCCCAUGCAGUUACAUCUGUUCCACCAAAUCCUGGUCCAGCAAGAAUCACUUGAAGCUGGACAGAAUGAAAUAGGGCAAUGGCUAGAUGAAGCUGAGGCUCUCAUCGCUUCACAUUCAUUAGCAGCAGGCAAGGAACCUGUGCAAGCCCAGCUAGACAAGCAUAAGACAUUCUUCUCUAGAACAUUAUAUUAUAAGUCAAUGUUGGAAAGUAAAAACAAAGUAUUCCGGAGCAUUGUGAAAUCAGUGGACCAUAAUGAAGGAAUUGACACUGGUGAUUUAAAAUUAAGGAUGGCACAGCUCAAUGAGAGAUUUAUCCGAGUUACACAGUUGGCUCAACAGUGGGAACUGAAACUUCAAGAGGGUAUUCGCUGCUGGCACAACUUCCGGGAGAAUGAACGAAUCAUCACUGAGUGGCUGCAGAAAGCAGAGAAGCUUAUUGCUGAGAGGCACAUAGACACAAAGCAGACUGUAGAAUCUCAUAAGAACUUCUUUGAGAAAGUCAAUGAGAAAUGGAUUCAAGACUUGGUAAACUCAGCUCAGGAUUUAAGAAAUUGUCUUCCAUAUGAACAGCAUCCUCCAGUGGAUGCUGCUGUUGGGAGACUUCAAGCUAAAUGGAAGGAAGUUUUGUCCUUUGCUCCUCUUCAUCUGAUGAGGCUUGAAUUCCGACUCGAUGAAGCUGCAUUCAACCAAUACCUGAAAGAAAUUGAGAAAGAAAUUCAUUCAGAACAGCAGGCAUUUAAUAAGCAUGAAGAUGUUGAAGCCAUUUUGACUAGAAACAGGGAGUUUUUUGUAGAGUGCAAAGUAGUUGUGGAAAUUGAACGAUGCCUUGAGAACAUGAGUAAAAUCAGUAAUAACUUCAAUCAGUGGGAUCCACAUGACUCAUCACUGCGAGAAGCUCACGGUAGGGCUGUGGCACAAUGGGAAGGGGCAUCUCGGAAAAUUGAAACCAUCUCACAGCAACUUCAGCAGAUUCCAACACUGUGGAAGAACUACCAACAAAAAUUUCUGGAAAUGGUACACUGGAUGGAUAAGGUGGAUAUUAAUCUGCAGAAUAUAGUGAAAGAAGUUAACACUCUUGAAGAAUUUGAUAAGGAGAGGGCUGUAUUCCAGAGCAUCUGCUGUGAAGUUGAUGCAAAACGGGAAGACAUGAAGUGGUUGGUACAAACUCUGGACUCACUCGUGUCACACUGUUCGGAUAAGGAGUCAUUAGCUGAGCAGAAGAAGUUAGAACAACUCAUUGCUCGAUAUAAAGUUCUCAUCCCAACCAUUGAACUGACCAUGGUGAAAACUGAUGUGCAUUAUAAGUGCUAUACUUAUAGAAAGGAAGUGAGGGAGGUGGUUGGGCUCUUGCAGAAGGUUAAAGAAACUUCCAUGUCAGGUCCACAGCCAGAGACUCUGGAUUCAGUAAAUGUGAUGAUCAAACAACAGGAGACUGCUGUCACACAACUGGAUCACCAGAGAAGCAACAUCAUGAGCUUGUUGCAGCGUGGCAAGGACCUAGUCAAGGAUACCCAUGCUCCGAGCUUCAUUAAAAGUGAGGUUUCCAACCUAGAAACUGGUUGGAAUGAAGCUUAUGGACAGACUGUAGAGAAACUCAAGAAACUGAAAGGUACACAAAAAGUAUGGACCAACUACAAAGAACAGAAGGAUGAAAUUCUGAAGCUGCUGGAGCAAGCUGAAGGGGAAUUAAAGAGGGUUGCACCUGGUGCUCAUGACAGCCAAAAAGUUGCAGCAGACCUACAAGCCAAGCAAGAUAUGAGCGUUGCCCUCAGAAAAGCCACUGAGGAAAUGCUCCGCAAACUCAGGGAUCUCUGUUCCACACUCUCAACAAUGACUGCUCCUGAGAGGAAACCUCUGCUUCAGAAAGAAGUGACUGAAAUUGAACGCCGUCUGCAUGUAACAUUAGAAACAGUUGAAGAGCGUGUGAUAUACCUGGAACAGUUCAGUGCUCGCUGGAUUCGAUUCCAAGCCCAGCUUGAUGAACUUCGACAUUGGACUCACCAGAGUGCACCUGUGCUACUAGAACAGCUGCAGGCAACAGAAUUGACACCUGAGGAGAGGGUGAAAAAGUCACAGGCUCUUCAGGCACAGCUGGAGGAUAAAAUUAAUGUUCUUGAUGUGCUCAGUGGAGAGGCCAAGGAACUGUUGGAAGAAGAUGGAGAGAAUGUGGAAGCUGCGCAGCUCAAGGCAGAGGUGAUGGCUCUAAGAGACUCUGUCCUUGGCCUCCAUCAGGGUGUGCUAAUGCAGAUAUCAUCAGUGGGCCAGGAUCUUGCUCACUGGCAGGACUACAAAACGGGACUGCAGGAAGUCAAACCAUGGAUAGAGGAGGCUGAAGUCAGAGUGAACAUCGGCAUUCCUAAACCUAUGUCAUUGCAAGAAGCACAGCAUCUGUUGAGCUCAACCAGGACGUUUGAGAAGCAGUGUGAAGAGUACUUGGCUAAGCUUCAGGGUCUUGCUGCGCUGAGUCAACAGAUCACUUGUCGCACAAAUGCUCCAGAUGAGGUGGAUGCUGUCCAUUCGCGAUGGGCUGGUGUCCAUGAUGUGGCAGUGCAGUGGGGCACCAGGCUUGAGAAACUUGUUGGAACAUGGGAGGAAUUUGAAAAUGAGGCCAAGAAGAUAGAUACAUGGAUACAAGAAGGGCAGAAGGCAAUUUUUGAGACACCUGUUAAUCUGAGCACCCCAGAUAAGGAUAAGUUGGAGAAGGAACUGGUAAAACUGAAGACUCUCAACAAAGAGAUAUCUGAGAAACAGAUGCAACUAAUAACAUUAACACAAGUUUCAGACAACAUUUCUCAGGGUCUGGCAAUGGAAAGUGGGACAGCAGUGAAGGGACAAGUUAAUGAAAUGAAAGCCAAAAUCACAAAGCUGGCUGAGGAUGUGAGGCAAAGACUUAAUGCUGUAUCAGAUACCAUAUUGGCAAGACAAGAAUUUCAAGGGAAAAUGGAAGACUUUGAGAACUGGAUGGAUCAGCUGCACACUGGUGUCGGCCAAGUAGAUGAGGUAACCUUGGCUCAGGUUGACUCAGCACUUCAAUCUGUUCAUGCAUUGCUACAGGAACAUUCUGAGAAGCAGCCUGCAUUCAAUGCCAUCUAUGAUGAAGUCAGGAAAUUGAAUUGCAGUAGUCCAGAAGAAGCAUCAUCAGUCAAUGAAUCAUACUCAGAACUUGUGACGAAGUACCAGGAUCUUGAAGAUACUCUGCAAGAAAAAAAGCGUGCCCUUGAAAAGUGGUCUGAUCUUUUGAGUUGGUAUGCAGAUACUAGUGGCCAGUUGAACCAUAUAAAAUAUCAACUUGAGAGUCAGAAGCUACAGCCUGAAGAUGUGGAACGUGUCGCAGAAGAGCUGGAAGUGAUAAAUCUGAAGACUGCAUCAUGGACAGAUGUAGCUUCUAUUAUAGAUGGUGUUAGUCAGCAGAGUGGUACUUACAUCAGAGACACAGCAACUGGAAAACGUGUUACUGCUGUUGCUUUGUUGCAUGAACUAGAGACUAAAGUGAAUGUGCUGCAAGCACAACUCUCAAAUAAAAGAGAAGUUCUUGAAGAGGUUGGUGCACGUUGGGCACAGUUUCAACGCGUUCAGGAGAAUUUAUCUGAGGGACUACUUUCAAUGCAGGGUACAUUACAUGAAACUGUCAUGGAAGUGGACACGUGUGGUAAGUUAGAACAAGCUGGUAAGAUCAUAGCCGGACUGCUGGAGGAGCAUAAACUAAAGCAGGGUGCCAAGGAUGAAUUACACAGGUUAGGAAAGUUACUAAUGGAGGAGGAUCAGAGUAACAUGUCUGAAGUACAAACCAUUUUGGCUUCUCUUGAUGCUAACUGGGAGAAGGUGAGUGAAAUGCUAAAGGAACAGAAGGUUAAAUCCUUGGAAAUGAGUACUGCAUGGAAACAUUUUUGUGAUGCAAAGGAGAAAGUGUAUUCUGGGAUUACUGAUGCUGAGAAGUUGUACGAGUUAGUACAAGAGGUUCCCAGUGAUCUGACUGAAGCAGCUCUUAGUCAUGACAAGACUAAGAAGGCUCUGGAACUUCUGAAGAAAGCUAAAUUAUCACUUGAUGUAAUGGACAACAAAGCACAGAUACUUCUGAAGCAGGCAGAACCUAUUUCUGGAUUCAACAGUGCUGUGAUAGGAGAAGAGCUCACAGAAGCUCAUAAUGCAUGGCAAAAUGCUUAUGAUACCUUGACAAAAAAAGUGCAGGUGUUAGAGGCUCAGCUAAUUGUUUGGAAGCAGAUUGAUGAAUCAAAGAAUGAACUUGUGCAAUGGCUUGGAGAAACAAGUGAUGCACUGUUGAAUGCUUCUCAGGACUUAUCAGAUGUUGAAAGUGGACAGUCUAAGUUGAAUAGAUACAAAGAUGAACUACCAGCAUUUUAUAACUUGAAGACCAGCCUGAUAUCUAAAACAGCUCAGCUUGUGAAAUUAAAUGAUGGAAAACAGAUCCCAACUCUAGAAUCUCUGAACAAAUUACUGGAAGAUGAAUUUGCUCAUGUGAAGAGCAUAGCUGAUAAGCUGGAGGACAUUACAUGCGCUGUUGGAGAACAGGAGAGGAGUGUUCGAGACGAUAUGAAGAACGCUAGUGAUACCAUCACGAAAAUCAGAGAAGCAGUUAUUGCAUGUGAUGAUCUGACAGGUGAAAAUUCCAAAAUCCUAGAACGGUUGAAAAACUGUCAGGCAUUGAAAAAUGAGCUACAGAAUUUUAGUUCCAAUCUGGAACUACUGAAGAAGAAAAUUGAAGAAAUGAAAUCAAGUUUUCCAGCAUUUGGCGAUUCAGGACUUUCAAAGGAGCUUAGCAGCCUCCAGAUAAGAUAUGAUGGCGUUUCAUCCCAUGCUAAUAAAACAGAGUCAACACUGCUGGCAUUUUUAAAUAAAUAUCACAUGGAAAAGUUUGGUGCUUUACAAAGAGGCGUGGCAGCACACAAAGAAAAAGUGGCUUGGUGUUUACCUGAAGCAGGAAGUGACAGGUACAAUUUAGAAGUAAAGGUUUCAUCCCUUCAAGAUGUAGAAGUUGGUCUGAUGGACUGUGAGACUAAGAAAACAGACCUUGAUGUGUCAUUGGACCUACUCCAGAAUGUAGAGACUCCUGAAAAGAUAAAAGAAUUGCAGUUGGAAAGAGACAAAUUGGUAACUGAAUUAGAGAGUCUUAAAAACAGCUAUUUAAACACAAAACAGCUGUUGGAACACAAUAUCAGUUUGUGGCAGAAGUAUGAACUCAUGUCUGAAAAUGUUGCAUCCUGGUUGAAAGAAACUGAAGGCAAAGUUCGUACAGAGAGUGUGAUCCAACUGAAUUUGUCUACAAUUGAUGACAAGAUUAAGGAGAUGGAAUCUUUCCAAAAACAGGUGAAAGACUUUGAACCAGAAAUUAAAGAUAUUUCCAUUUUAGGAGAAGAGAUAAUGAAAGAAAAUCCUGAAUCUCGUGUUGGUCAUUAUGUUGGUCAUCUAGUCUCCAGGUAUCAUGGAGUUGUCAAGUUUGCAGCAAUGUACAUGGAGCGUCUUACAUCACUUAACAAGACCAAAGACAUGUACAAAGCUUCAGUGAUAGAUGUUGAAAACUGGUUAGCUGAAGCUAAUGGUAAACUUCAGUCAUUUGACGACCUGCUAUCUGGAGGUGCUAAGCCUAUGCAUGUGUAUCAAGUGAAGCUAGAAGAGCUGAAAACAUUUGCAGGGGAGAGAGAAAGGGGUCAGACUUUGUUGAAUAAAGCUGUAGAAACAGGUGAAACACUUCUCUCUGGUAUAACACCAGACAAUCGUGAGACAGUACGUGGUGAGUUGAGAAAAUUGAGAGAUGCAUCUGAGUCUUUAAUUGACAAAGCAAAUGCUUUACACAAACGUGUUGAAGGAUUUAUGAUGCAAAGAUCAUCCUUUGAAGACAGUUAUGGUCAAGUAAGCAAGUGGUUGUCAGAGGCUGAAGCUAAAAUCGGUAGCAAAAUGGAUCUGAAAGCAACAUUACAAGAUAAGAAGACUGCAAUGCAUGGUUACAGAACUCUGGCUCAAGAUGUUAACACACACAAAAGUAUUAUGAAACAAUUGCAAGAGAAACUAGGAGCACUCUCAGACUCAGAGGCCACUACAAAAUUUAACAGCAUACUUGCCUCUUAUGAAGACUUAUCCAAGAAUGUUGAGGAGAGGAUUGUAGUGGCUGAGAGACAUGUUUCUGACCAUGAAACAUAUCUUCAAGCUCUUGAGAAGUCCCGGGACUGGCUCAGCACUUUAUCUGCAGAGGCUGCUGCUGUUACAGAUGAAAUGACAUUAGAAAAAGAAGGUGCUGAUGCAAAACUUGCCAUCAUUGAAAAUUUGCUCCAUCACAAAGUAGAGGGAGAUCAGCUUAUUGAAACUUGUCACAAACAGCUUCAAACUGUACUAGAACAGACAAACAUAUCAGGCCAACCAAGGUUACUGAAAGAAUUUGAGGAUCAGAAGAAAGCGUGGGAAGUAUUUUUGGCACGUUGCAGUGAUGCACAAACCAAAUUAUGUCAACUUUGUAGCCGUUGGACCGAAUUUGAAGAAAUUGUUGAUGAUCUCAUAACUUGGACAAAACAGAAAGAAUCACAGGUGAAAGAUCAGAGUCUCAGGAGCACUCAGGAUGCAAAGCAAGCCCAUCUUGACAAGUUGAGGUCUAUUGAAGAAGAAAUCUUUGCAAAGGGUGAGGAGUUCAGCAAAGCAUCUGAACAGAGUCAAGCUAUUGAAGGAGAGUCAGAAUUGUCAGUGAAGAUGUCUCAUUUGAUAACACGCUAUCAGGCCCUCAAGAAUCUUACCAGGGAGGCAAUAUCAAGAUACGAACAAUAUGUCAAAGAGCACACGAGUUUCAAUGAUGAUCACAGUGCAUUCUUGGGAUGGCUGUCUCAGGUUGAAGAAGAACUCAAGGAACUCAGCCAGAUAGUUGGGGACUUGGCUGUCUUACAGGAGCGACAGAAGAAAAUUCGGGAAUUAUCGGAUGUGAGGUCAAGAGAAAGUUCUAGAUUUGAUGCAUUGAUAGACGCUGGAGAGAAGCUUUACACUCAUACAUCUCCAGAUGGAAGAGAAAUCAUUAGGCAACAACUCAGGACCCUUCGCACUGUAUGGGAUAAUUUUUCUGAUGACCUGCAAGCUGCAACACAUAAACUUGAGCAAUGUUUGAUGCAGUUUGCUGAGUUUACAUUGUCUCAAGAGCAACUGACCAAAUGGCUCAGAGAUGUGGAGAAUGCUAUGACUCAGCAUACUGAGCUCAAGUCUUCCCUGCAAGAGAAACGCGCACAGCUCCAGAACCAUAAAAUUAUGCAUCAAGAAAUCAUGUCUCAUCAGCAGCUUGUUGAAUCAGUUUGUGAUAAAGCACAGCAACUAGUUGACCAGACACAGGACAAGUCCCUUAACACCUAUCUUCAGUCUAUUAAACAGCUUUUUCAAAAUAUUGUCAUGAAAUCACAGGAUCUCCUAGAUAAUCUGGAAGAAUGUGUUCAAAAACACAGCCACUUCAGUACAUUAUGUAAAACCUUCCAAGAUUGGCUAAGUGCAGAACAAGACAGUUUACAUUACUGUGAUGAUGUUACUGGAGAGAAGGGUGAUAUCAGCAAACGGAUAAACUCUGUUAAGAUGCUGAAAGACAAUGAAAACCAAGGAAACAGUCAACUGACACAACUGCAAGAGCUGUGUAAGGUGGUCAGCAAAAGUACAGCCCCUAAAGGCAUUGAAAUUCUGGAAAGAGAAGUUGAAGAUUUGGAAUCUAGUUUGAAAGAAUAUCUGUCAAGAGUUGAUGCUGUUGAGUCAAAACUGGAAGCAGCACUGAAGCAGUGGCUAGAAUUUGAAGAUCAGCUAGAUAAACACACAAAGUGGUUCCGUACAACAGAAACUGCCUUCAGGGACCAACAACUUCAAGCAACACUGCCUCAGAAAGAAGCACAGCUGGAAGGUUUCAAGGGGAAAAGAGACCUUAUUACAGCAAAGGAGAAGGAAAUUGAUGACUUUGUGGAUUCCUCACAUUCAUUACUGAAUUAUAGUGGAGCAGACAGAAUCAAACCACUUAUUUCACAAAUCAGUAACAGGUACCAAUUGUUACAUGUUUUAAGUAAAGAGGUCAUUAAUCGGUGGCAAGGCUUGGUGGAUGAUCAUCGUGUGUAUGAAGAUAAAUUCCAGGAAGUAGUAGCCUGGCUUGGACCCCUUGAAGAAAACCUGUCAGCUCUGAGGGAAGAGGGUUCAACCAAUAACAUGGAAGCAAAGUCAAAUAGACUGCAUGUACUUUUGUCAGAACGAGAGCAAGCCACUCACAAAUUGACCAGUCUCACAGCAUUGGGAGAACGACUCUUCCCAGAUACAGCAGCUCAGGGCAGAGAAAAGAUACGACAAGACCUGCGGGAAGUGAGAGACAGAUGGGACCAGCUGGAAGAAGGAAUCAAGGAACAGCAAAAGAGGCAGGAUGCUCAGUCUUUGCAGUGGAGCAGCUACCAGGAGACCUUACAGCAAACACUGGCCUGGCUUGAUGCCAUGGAGAAGACUCUUCAGCAAGAUCCUGCUGGCUCUUGGGCAUCUACACAAGAAGUGCGCUCCAAACUACUUAAACAUAAGACAAAUCUUCAAGAAGUCAUAUCCCAUAAACGUGUAAUUGAAGCUGUGACUGAGAAAGCGCAGGCCCUAGUGCAAUUGACUAAUGACAAAGAAGGAGGAAAGGAGGUGCAAGAAACUGUCAAUUCAAUCAAGAAACGUUAUGAAGAACUGGUUAAUAACUUACUGGUCACAAUCACUGAACUUGAAGAAUCACUAGAUUUAUUCCAGCAAUUUCAUGACCUGCAGAAAUCACAUCAAGAUUACCAGAAACAGCUUUGGGAUAGACUUGCAGGCUAUUCAGAUUACAGUGGCAACAAGCCUGCUCUGCAGUCUCGUCUAGUAAAGGUAGUGGAGAUUCAGGAUAGUCUUCCAGAAGGCCAAGCAAAACUCAAGUCUCUUAGUGAUCAUGUAGCCAACAAGGUAGACAAGCUUCCACUCAGAGCAAAAGAAGCCAUGGAAAGAGACCUAGGUAAUCUGAAAUUUGACUUUGAGAAAUUUGUAGCUGCAUUAAAUGAUGUCCUCCAUGGGCUAGAAGAACGGCUCCAGCAGUGGUCAGAGUAUGAAGGUUCCUUUGAUCGGCUCCUUAUCUGGUUAUCAGAGUCAGAGACUGCUCUUAAAAAUUAUACACCACGGUCCACACUUGAAGAGAAGCAAGAGCAGUUAGAAAAGUAUCAGGAUCUCAUAAAAAUAGUUGAGUCCAGAAAUAGAGAUGUGAAGGAAAUUGUUACCCUAGCCGAUCAUCUUGAACAAUCUUUGAUCCUGAGUUUGCGACAGAAUGAAGCAGAAUUUGAUAAGAUGAGCGAUGAUUCUUCAGAUUUGGUUCAGAUCAGUGGUGAAACCAAGAUAUCAGUUAAUGUUCAACAGAUUACGUCAAGAUUCCAGUCCAUUCAAACCACAGCCAAGGAAAUUGUUAAGAAGUGUGAGCAUGCAGUGUCAGACCACGAAGCUUACCUAGACAAGUAUCGUCAGUGUUCAGAAUGGCUUGCUGGAGCUCAAGGAAGGUUUGAGAGUUGUCGAGAUGGAAGUUCAGUUGGUGCAAGACAAGAUCUAGUUCAGCGUAGUGCUGGUCUGAAAGAAUUGCUGGCAGAGCAGCCAAUCUCCCUACUGAACACUACAGUAGAAUUAGGGGAGAAAUUAUACCCAUCUACAGCAAUGGAAGGACGUGAAGCUGUGAGACAACAACUGCAGGAAUUGCAGCAGGCAUUAGAAACCCUAUAUGAUGGGAUUUCCAGCACAGAGAGGGAACUGCGAGCAAAACUGAACAGAUGGACUGGCUUUGAAGAAUGCAGUGAGAACUUGCGACAUUGGCUUCAAGAGACUGAAGCUCAGUUGCCACAAGAACUGGAGCUCAAAACGACACUUGAUGAAAAGAGAGCUAAACUUCAGAGCUAUAGAGCUUUGCUCCAUGAUGCCGUAUCUCAUCAACAGGACAUUGUGAACCUCAGGGACAAGAUUGAGAGUCUGCCUGAGAGGACUGAGAAGGUUGAUCAAAUGCUUGCAUCCCUCACUGAUCAGCACAGCAACAUCCUUAAGCGUGCUCAGAACUUUGUGGAGAGAUAUGAAGCGAUAGUAAGUGAUCAUCAGCAGUAUAGCAAGGCUGUGAUGGAUACCCAAGAAUGGUUGGAUGCCACACACAAUACAGUCUUACUGUGGGGUGACAUGGAUCUUGAAAGAAUUUCUCUACACACAAAUUUGGAAAGGCUAAAGAAUCUGCAACUGAGCUUACCAGAGGAAGAGCCAAGAAUUUCUCAGAUUCGAUCUCUUGGAGAGAAGGUUAUACCCAGUACUGUGGAAUCGGGUCAAGUGAACAUCAGAGCACAAAUUGAUUCUUCACAACAGGAAUGGGAGGGACUUAUCUCAGCAGUCAAAUCCACUAUUGAGGCCUUGGACACAAAACUUCAACAGUGGAAUGAGUACGAAAUACUGAAGGAUCAAUGUAUGACAUGGAUUCGAGAAACAGACACAAAAUUGCACGCUGUUGACCUUAAAGCUACGUCACAAGAGAAGAAGGAACAGCUAGAAAUUCUGAAGAGCCUGCAAGGAGAAGUUCGGGCAAAGGAGCUUGAAAUUGAUUCCGUAACAGAGCGAGCACAGCAGCUUCAGAAGGGCACUGUGAGCAGUCGCAGUUCACAGAUUUCUGAACUAGGAGUCAAGUAUCAGCAAGUCUCACAUAAAGUGAAGGAUCUCACCAGUCGAUGGCACCAGUAUGUGACAAGUCAUUUAGAGUUUGAGAGCCACAUUGCAGAAUGUAUGCAGUGGUUGGAAGACAUAAAGAACAAAUUAGCAUAUUGCUCUGACCUAAGUGCUUCAUCACAGAAAGACCUGGAGGGAAAACUUGAAACUAUACAGGACUUGCUGCUGUAUAAAGAAGAAGGGUUUAGUAAAGUUCAAGGUACAGUUGAGCUGGCGCAGACUGUUUUGGCCAACACAGCUCCUUCAGGCCAUGAUGCUAUUAAUCAGAUACUUGGAAAAUUGCAGGAGGAAUGGAGUGCAUUGGCCUCGAAAAUGAUGGAGACAAAGACAAUUCUGGAUGAUUCCAUACAUCGUUGGGCUGGUUUUCUGGAGCAGAUACAUCAACUAAACAAGACUGUUGAAUACCUUGAGAGUGUGUCUAAUGAAAUCUCAGAAUUUCAAAGUACUAUGUCAGAGAAACGAGCUCAACUUGAGAGGAUAAAGUGUUUGGAAGAAAAAGUUCGCUGUGAAAAAAUUGAAGUUGACAGUUUGAAAGCCAAAGCAACUGAAAUGCUUGCCAGUGGGCAGCAAAGUCAUGCUGCAUCUCAGGCUCAAGAAAUCCUCAAUAAGUUUGAUACACUUGCUGAAAAGAUUAAGAACCUUCUGUCAGAACGUGAAGAUCAGUAUAAGGAUCAUCGCCUGUACAAAGAAGCCUAUGAUGACCUGACUGGCUGGUUGAGCCGAGCAAGAGAGAAGAUACCAUCAAUGAAGCAGCGACCUCUUAGUGACAAACUGGCUAUUGAGAAUGCUGUGGCACCACUGGAAGCCUUAUUAAACAAACAGACACAGGGAGAGCUGCUGGUUGAGCACCUUCAGCACACAGGCGAAGUGGCCAUAGCUAGUACCUCAUCACAAGGGCAGGAGAGUAUCCGCAAUGAGAUUAAGGCUCUCAGGGAGAAUUUUGAGGGACUGUUCAAAGAAAUCAAGCAGCAGAAGGAGCAACUUGAAGCAACUGUGCUGCAGUGGCGUGAUUACAAAGAAGAAUAUGAACGUUUGUCUGAUUGGCUUCAACAAAUUGACAUUCAUGUGAAGGCCCAUAAGACAAGUCUGUUAGCUACUCUUCAAGAGAAAACCAAACAGGUGCAAGAUGUGAAGGACAUUUUGGAAAAGUUGGAGAAAGGUCAGGAACAGAUUGAUAAAUUCAACACAACAGCAUCUGCUUUACUGUCCUCACAUUUAGACACCUAUGUCAACAAUCAGUUAAGACAUCUUAAUUCCCGAUAUCAGGUACAAGUGAAUUUGGCUAAAGAUGUCUUAAGAAAAGUGGAGACAAAUCUGGAACAGCAUCAAGAGUACAGUGAAAACUAUGAGAAAGCAAAGGAUUGGAUUGAAAAUGCGAAACAAGUAAUCUGGGAUUGCAGUGAAGCUUCUUCACAUAGCAGCCGGGAAGUGUUGCAGGCUCGCUUGGACCAGGUUCAGGAAUUAUUGCGGAAGAGAGAGGAAGGUCAGAACCUCAUUCAUAUGACUGUCAACUGUGGAGAGAAAGUGCUUCGUAAUACUCGUUCAGAUGGUCGAGACAUCAUUAAUAAUCAGCUUAAAGAAAUACAGAAUGAUUGGGAUCGACUUGUGAGAAAAAUAUCAACUGCUAAAGUUCAUUUAGAAACAAGCCUACUGCAGUGGGCUGACUACAGUUCUUCAUAUUCACAACUUCAGCAGUGGAUCACUGAUCGUGAGGCCAAGUUGCAGCAAGUCUGUGAACAAAAGGUCUCAAAAACAAAGAAAGUUCCAGCUGCAGGGCUGAGCUCUCUGAGUAUAGGUGAAAGGAAGGCUACUCUGCGUCAGACCAACAGCAUUGUUCAGGAUAUCGUGUCAUUUGAACCAAUGAUUCAGUCAGUAACAUCCAAAGCAGAGGAUUUGUUACAAGCACAGCCUGCUUCUGAGAUUUCCAGCAAAUAUGAAACACUGAGUAAACAUGCCAAAGAAUUGUAUGCUAAACAAAAGGAAACAGUGGAACAGCAUCAGGCAUUUAUAGAUGCGGGUAAUGACUUCAUGCAAUGGAUUCGAGCAGCCAAGGAGAAACUCAGCAAAUGUUCAGAGCCAACUGGUGACAAGGAAUCACUUAGCAGUAAAGUAUCACAAUUGAAGGUGCUUGAAUCGGAACAAGAGGAGGGCCAGAAAAAAUUGGAGAAAGCUCUGGAACAAGGAGAUGUUGCUUGUCAAGUUGCAGAUCCAGAGGAUAAGGAAGUAAUUGAGGAAGAAGUUGGUCUGCUGCAAGAAGAAUAUGAUACUUACAUUGAGUCUUUGAACCGAACCAAAAGUCUGCUGGAAGUUGGUAUUGUUAAAUGGACUGAGUAUGAAGACCAGUACCAGGAAGCUUCUGAUUGGCUUACUCAGACUGAACAAGUGGUACAGACAUUCAAUAAACUCCAGGACAGUUUAGAAGAAAAGAAAAAUGUUCUGGAAGAAUUCCAGGUUCAUCUGCAAACUUUAUUUGAUUGGCAAAAAGAAUUAGAUCGUCUAAAUAUGAAAGCUCAAAUGUUGCUGGAGACUUGUGCUGACACAAGAGUCAGCAAUGCUGUUACACAGAUGACCACAAAAUACAAUGCUCUGCUGUCUCUUGCCAAAGAGAUCAUGAGGCGGCUUGAGCUGCAUUAUCAGGAGCACCAACAGCAUAACACACUGUACCAGGAAUGCCAGGACUGGGUCGAUCGUACCAGAGAUAAACUGAAUGAAUGCCUUGAAAUCCCUAGCACCCUGCCAGAAGUUAACAAUAAGUUGCAGACUGUAAAAGGAAUCAGACAGUCUCUUGAACAAGGGCAGAACAAACUUAGGUAUGCAUUAGAACUGAAAGAAAAAGUGAUAUUAAACACAGAACAAAAUGGAGCUGCAAAAAUACAGGAAGAUACAGAGAACCUGAAACAAGAGUUUGAAAAACUGAUGAUUGAUGUUCAAGACCUAAGGCAGAAACUUACAAGUAGAGCUGCACAGUUGGAGGAAAUUCAGAAGGCUCACAAGUUGCUUGCUGAUUGGCUGUAUGAAGUUGAACAGAAGGUGCAGUCAAAUGAAGAAACCUUCUUGAAUGAUUUGAGUGAGAAGCGAGCAACACUAGAGAAGUUCCGCACUUUGCAACGAGACAUCAACAGCCACAGUGAGAUGGCAGAUAGAGUGAAGAAUCGAAUUUCAGAUGAUCCAUCUUUAUCCAUCAAGGAUUACCAGGCUAGCAUUAACAAGUAUCAAACACUCAAGGACUUGGUUGCCAAGAAUAUUGCCACUUUGGAGGAACAAGUGAAAGAACAUGAACAGUACAAACAAAGAUAUAUUGAUGCAUUCGACUGGGUUCGAAGGACUAGAAUUGACAUUCAGCAGUGUAGUGAUCCUCACGGAGAAAAGGAACAGACAAUUGAGAAAGAAAAGAAGAUGACUGAAAUAGCAGCUACAAUGAACGAUGGUGAGAAGUUGGUUGAAAAAGCAAUUUCUCUGAGCAGUACUGUCAUGAAGACCACUGGAAAUGAAGGCCAAGACACACUGAAACAGGAAGUCCAACAACUUAAAGCUGACUGGGAAAGUCUGAGGCUUAUCUGCAAAGAUUCACAGAAAGUUCUGUCCAAGUGCAUAGCAUCUUGGAGUGAUUUUGCAGACACAUUCGACAAGAUGAAGUGUUGGCUUGAUGCAUUCCAGAAGAAGGUAGAUGUUGAAGCUGAAGGAGACAAGAAGACUUCUGAAGAAUUGCAGAGCUGUAGGAUUCUUCUACAAGAAGCCGUGCAGCAAAAGGUUGUUAUGGAAGAGCUGAAUGACCGUUGUGAAGUCUUAAUGGAGCUCAGUGCUUGCAGUUGGGUUAGAGACAGAACGGUACAACUGCAGGCAACAUAUACAAAUCUGCUUACCAUAGUUCAGGGCCUUGUUUCCCGAGUGGAGAAGAAUUUGUCAGACCACACUGAGUUCAUAAAGGCAAAGGAAGAGUUCGAUGCCUGGUUAAUGCGAGCCCAUGGCACUGUGCACGACUGUAUUGGCAUUGGAGAUGAAGCUUCCACAAAAGACAAAUUGGAAACAGUUCGGCUCGUGUCCACACGCAUGACAGAAGGUCAGCAUCUAAUGUCAGUAAUGCAGGAUGCCUUUACUAAAGCCAUUGACACAACUCCAGCAGACCAGCAGGACACACUGCGUGAGGAUAUGUCAUAUCUGCGAAACAGCUGGGAGCAGCUGAAUAUUGACCUUAAUUCAGUCAUUGCCCAACUAAAGGCUGCAAUGAGCAGGUGGGAAGAUUACAGUGAUUCAAAGUCCAGACUGGAAAACUGGAUUUCAGAAAUGGAAGAGGCUAUUAGGGAGACCCCUGACACUAAAGCAGAGCUUGGGGAAAUGAAGACACUGAUUGAAAGAUACAAGCAUAUACAAGAAGAAGUGAUAACCAAACGAGCGGACCUGGAUCACUUGCUGUCAGAAGCUAGUGAGUUGUCAGUGUGGGCUGGUAGACCUGCAGUGCUGGAAGAAGUUCAGAGACUACAGACAAGAUGGGAUCAACUUGCAAGUGGUAGUGUUUCACGAAGAGAAAACUUAGAAGUGGAAAUGAAGGAAUAUACAGCAUAUCAUCAAUCUUUGCAAGACACAGAGAAAUGGUUGCUUCAGAUUUCCUUCCAGCUUAUGGCCCAUAAUUCUCUGUAUAUCACAAACAGAGAGCAGACACAAGAGCAAAUAUUUCAACACGAGGCACUCUUGGGGGAUAUCCAGAAAUAUCAGGCUACUUUGGAUGAUGUGAAAGCCAAAGGUCAUGGGCAAAUUGAGAGGUACAUUGGAACAACACCAUCGAUUCAAGAGACAAUAGAGAAACAGCUGUGCAAUGUUCAGGACAGUUAUAACUCUCUUCUUCAUACUGCUCUACAGAUCCAGAACCGACUGCUGGAGUCUUUGGCCAAAUUCCAGGAAUAUGAAGAUACUUUGGAAAGUAUAAUGAGAAAUCUUGAUGACUUUGAGCCAGUUAUCAAUGAAGAAGUUGAAACUCCAGUAAACCUAAAACUGGCACAACAGCAACUUGAAACAGCUAGGAGUCUGCACAACAAGCUCCAGAUUGAAAAAUCCCGUCUUGCUGUGGCUGUACAGGCUUGUGAAGCUGCUGCUGCCUGUAUUUCUCGACCCAGCAGUCCACAGGAUACAGUGCCACCCCCCAUUCCUGAUAGAGAGCUAAUAGUGAGAGCAAGACUAGAAGAUAUGAUAGACCAGCAACAUAAAGACAGUGCAGAAGAGGAACCCAGUAGUAGUGAGAAACUGCAACUUCUUCUCAAGAGUUCGGAGUCACAAGGUUUCCUUAGCAAGUUGAACAGUAUGACUGACAAGGUUCAGAAUCGUAUGUCAGGGUUAAUGUCCACUGUAAGUGAACUGGAGGAAAGUGAGCGGCAGCGUGCAUCAUUACAGCAGUGGGUAGCAGAGCAGCAUGCUGUUGUAGCAGACUGGAGAUCCCGGCCUGCUAAGUUGCGUCCUGAGGCAGCCCGAGUAGAGCUGGUUAACAUGAAUGAACUACUUGCAGCCAUUGGGGAUAGGAGAGCUCGUCUUGUGACUGAGUUACUUGUGGCUGAAGAACCUGAACCAAAGCUGGAAGAGCAGCUGACCAAGUUGGAGACCGAGCUAACACAAGUAAUAGGAAAGAAGCAAGCAGCACAAAAUAUAAUUGAAGAGUAUAGAACACAUCUCCAAGAUAUUCAUAGCUGGUUUGAUUCGCUGGUAAAACGGAUGGAAGUACUAGACAAAGGGAGUGGAUUGGACUGUACCCAAAAGCUGGCUGUUAUCUCUGAAAUUGGAUCUGAGUUUGAUAGUCAAGGUGCAAGGAGAGUUGGUAAAGUGAAGCAUUUGGCCAGUGCUGUGGUUGAUGUUGUUAGUAACCUGGAUUCACAGCAGAUUGAGGAACAGUUGAAAUCUGUAGAGAGAAGAUACAAUGACAUUGCAAAGAGAGUCCAGCGCAAAGCACAGGUGCUGGAAAUGGCACGUAAAGGAUUGGAAGGUGCUCAUCAAGAAAUUGAACAAGCUAGAGAUUGGAUUCGAGAAAAGUUAAAGACACUGGAAGCACAAACACCGCUCGGGUUUGAGAGUAAAGUUGCAGAUGAUAGACUGCAGUCUCUGCGAGCACUCCUGAAGGAGGCAGAAGGCAAGCAAUUGCUAUUGGAGACCCUAGAGAAGCGUGUAAACAACAUGCAGGCAGAACUUGAACCUGGAGAACAGCAGUUGCUGGAGAGUGGACUGAAGACUCUGGUAUCAGAACUGAGUGAACUUGGCUCAAAGAUAAGGAGUGAAAUUGACCGUGUGGCAGAUGGAAUUGACACCAGGAAGAAAUUUGAAACUGAUCUGGAGGAAGUGCAUGCAUGGCUCAAGGCUAAGAACAGUGAAGCUAAGAAGUAUGCUGGAUACCUUCCCCUCAAAGCUGUGGCUGUAGAGAAGGAAAUUCAGCAAUAUAAGGGUUUUGAUAAUGAUAUCAAAGAUUUCAAUGGGAACAAAUAUAGUGAAAUUCAGAAACAGUCAAAUGCUCUGCUGAAAGAUUGCAGCGAUCCAGAUAAGAAGAAACUACAAAACAUCAUGCAAGGUGUAACUGAUGAGUAUGAAGCUCUGAAGAAGCUUACUGAUGAUAAACUGGCUUCUCUAACUGACUUACUACAAGGCCGCAAGCAGUUUGAAGUAGAUAUAGGUCAAUGUCAGCAUUGGCUGAAUGAAGCAGAAGUUGCUACAUCAGCUGAAAUACGAGCACCGAACGUGGGACUGCUUGAGGAGCAGCUUUCCAAGUAUGAUAAAUUGAACCAUGAAGCUAGUAAGAUAGGGGAUGAGAUUGAGAAGAUCAUGCAGCAAGGCAAGGCCAUCCUGCCAACAGUGAGUGAAGCAGAUAAGUUGACUCUGUCUGAACAGCUCAAUGGAAUGAAAGAUAAACAUGGCCGCAUCUCAGCUAUCAUCCGUGACCGCUCUGAUGUUCUCAAUGAUCAGAUCAAGAACUGCAAAGAAGCUGCUGCCAAGGUUGAAGAAUGUGUUAAUUUCAUGAGUGAUAUUCAGAAAGAGUUGAAAGAGCUAAACCGGCCUGUUGGUAGUAAGGUAGAGGAUGUACAAGGAAUGCUUGCAUCAUAUGAGAAAAUCCUGGCCAAUUUAAAAGCAAAUAAACUGAAAAUUGGAGAUUUACAAAUGGGAAAUAUGGGUGAACUUAAAGGAAUCAGCCAGCAGCAGGAUGAUCUAAUUCAAGCAAUAGAAUCACAGAUUGCAAAAUUGCGUCAGUUACUCCUGCUGCGUGAACAGUUCAUUGGUCUCAUUGCUGAGAUCACCACAUUUAUUGCAAAAUAUACAGAAGUGGUGCACGAUAUCGAGAAAGGAGGGCACACUGUUCAAGAGAAAAUCAAGAAAUAUGAUGAUGUGAUUGUGAAAAUCCAGGAAUGCGAAGCCAUGCUGGCAUCUGCAACUGAUAAAGGACAGCAGAUUGCUGCAGAGGGUUCGGCUGCAGAUCGCAACAUUGUUACAGAGCAGUUGCAGUCAUUGAAGCAGCAGCUGCAAGCUCUUAGGAAAGCUGUAGAAAAACAACGAGAACAGCAUGAAAUGGCUGCUGCAGAACACAAGAAACUGGCUGCUGAGUUGGAAGCCGUGCUAGACUGGCUUCAUGCCAAUGAAGCCACAAUCAGAUCAAGACCAUUGUUAGACAGAGAUCCUGCUAGUGUUCAACAACAGAUUCACAAACAUAAGGCAUUGGCUGAGAAUGUGAAUGGUUACUUGGAUCGAGUGCGUGCUGUUCAAGAAUCUGUUCGACAUGAGGAAGGAAUGCCUAGUUCCUUAAUGGAACAACUGAGUGAAGCUAAUUCCUUACUUACAACUCUCCCACAAGAAUUAGAGGAACGCCGUAAAUAUCUGGAGACUAAUCUCCAGCUGCGACUUGAUUAUGCUGCUCUCAAGGAGAAUCUUCAUGCAUGGGUUAAAGACGCUGAUGCCAAACUGCAAAGCGGGACAUUUGGAGUGGACUUUGAGAAUGUAAUCAGAGACUUAGAAGAGCAUAAAAUAUUCUUCAGCAGUGAAGCGUCUAUCCGAGAGCUAGUGUCACAGCAAAUCCAGCAAGCUGCAGAUCGUAUCUGGCCAUCAUUAACAGGUUCAGAGCAGGAGGAGUUAAGUCGUGAACAGCAGCAACACACACAGCUUCUAAAGAACACACUCAACUCUGCUCGGUCUCGCCGUGCUCAGCUGGAGCAAGAUGUAGAAAUCUGGCGAGACUAUUGCCAAACUGUGGAUAAAGUAAAGUCUCUUCUUGCUCGCACUCAGUUUUCAGAUGAACCAGUCACAUCACUUGCUGGACUCCACUUCAAUAUUCAGAAGAUAACACAUGCCCUCAAUGACAUCCAAAAUCAGCAGUCUGAGAUUGACCUGUUGAAUGAACGGGGACGUGAGAUUACCCGACAGUCAGACCUUGCAAAUCGUGAACAUACUGAGAAGCAGUUAGCAGGCAUUAACCGAGAGUGGAAUGACUUAGUCAGUAGCCUCGAGAAUAGACGAGAUACACUAACAAAACUAGCUCAGCACUGGGAGGAAUUUGAGUCUAAGUGGCAGUCAUUUGAGUCCCUCAUUUCUGACAGUGAAAAGAAGGCUUGGCAUAUUGACACUGUCGUUAGAUCAAAAGCUCAACUUAAAGAAGCACAGCAAACACUGCAGGAAAUGUUAUCAGAAGCAGAAAGCCACAAAUCACUUCAUGAAGAAGUGCUGUUUUUGUCUGGAACUGUACUUACGUAUCUCACAGCCUUUUCUGAGCCUUCUGCAAAUAUGCUGAAAGGAAAAUUAGAUCAGUUGACUGAUACAUACAAAAAACUUCUUGAUUUACUGAGGAGUAAAUUAAGUAAAACUAAUGAGGAUUUGGACACAAUAGAAAGUAUUGAAGUUGCAAUUGAAAAAAUCCAGAAGAAUUUGCACAGCUUACAGGCCGAGGUGCCUGCAUUCUACGUGUGGGGAGAAAAUCUAGACACAACAGAAACCCUUCUGAAGGGUGUGAAGUCUCAGGUAGAUGGUUGUGUGUCUGAAGGAAAACUACUGAUUUCCAAAACAAAGGACAAAUACACCACAACACAGCAACUGGUUCCAAUAGAUAUUGGCCAGCAAUUGUCUUCGUUGGAGCUUCUAUCUGAAACUGUAUCAGGAGCAAUGGAGGAAAAAGACAGGGAAUUGAAACGAGCCCGGACAGUGAGGACUGAUUACAGACGUGCCAUUGAAGAAAUUCAGGGCUGGAUUCAAAGUGCAGAGUUGAAAGUACAGGAUCGAACAAGCGAACCACUUCAGUUAAAGGAAAAUCUUUCGCAAAUACAAAGUGAAAUUGGAGGUAUUGGUGACAAAUUGGAUUGCCUUGCAAAGAGUGGGCACAUAAUCAUGGAUCAGACAAAUAAGGAUGAGGAACGGGAUCUAAUUAAAAGCACGAUCAGCAAUUUGUCAGAACAGCUGGCACAACUCAAGUCCUGGCUGGAGGAGAAAAAGCUCCAGGUUGGAGAAUCACUUGAUUCCUGGCAGCGAUUCAUGACAUUGUACAAGGCAGUAAAAUCAUGGGUGGCUGAAAAGCAGACUUUCUUGUCCGAGCCUUUAGAGCUCAGCAGCCUUACACAGGCACGACAAAAACUGCAUGACUAUUCUAUUGCAGUGAAAAGCUGUAAGCAAGUAACCAAGAACCUGAGUGACAUGAGUAAGGAGUUGGAGACUAUUGCCCAGGUAACGAGUGUGGGAGAUCUUCCAGAAAAGUUGCAGGAGGCUGAAGAAAUGAAGGGUGAAGUUGAAAAUCAUCUUCUUGAAAGAAACGCAUUACUACAAGAAACAAGUGAAGAGUGGGAGCAGUGUGAAAGGAAGAUGAAAGAUGUCCGAUCAUUUAUUGACAAGUCUCGCCAAGCUCUAGAAUCUCCGCAGAACAAAAAGCGACCACUGCGUGAUCAGCUUGGUCUCCGUGAGAAGAUGCUGUUAGAUAUUCCUAUACAGAAGACAAAGCUUUCCAUCUCUGUAGAAAAACUCCAGCUGCAUUUCCGCUCUGGUGUUGGUGGUGAUUCGAAAGUAACCGAGGCUGCAGAGGAGAUUAUCAAAGAACUUGACCAAUUGACAGGAGCUGUAAAGGAGCAGACAACAAGUUUAGAAGCCUGUCUAGCUCAGUUGGAUCAAUACCAGCAGGAAAUUCAGCAACUAAGGCAGCAAAUAAUCCAAGUUGAACAGCAGCUUCGUAUUGUGCUCAGCCCUACAUACUCCCCUCAUAAUCGUGACAAAGCUGUGGAAGAACAAAAUGGCCUUCAUCGGGACAUGGACUCCUACCGGGAGCAGAUCCAAGCCCUUGUGGACCGGAUCCAUCAAGUGGAUCCAUACAUGAUCAUCCUUCUAGAGAAAGUAGAGCAAGGGAAUGAAAAUGACCAAGAAAGUCAUGGUUUCAAUGGCAGUUUUCAUAUUGCUGAUGUUUCUGGUGGAAAUAUGAGACACCAGAAGAGCAGUCAGCAGCCAGCAGUAUCAAAGGUUACAGAUCUGUGUGUUCCUAUACCAUCAUCUGCCACAUAUGCAGACAUUGCUGCUGGUCGUACAAGUCCCUGCCCAUUUGUAGAACAAGUUGAAGAGAAGGAUGACAAAAUGAAACAUCUUCCAAGAAAAGCUGUCAUUUCUAGGACAGUUAUGGAGAUUAAAGAUACCCCAAAAGAAGACAAAAUUCCAGAAAUGUCUGAUGAAAGAAAAUUUGAAGAUGUAUCAAGAAAAGAUGAUGAACCAAAGCGUAUAAAACUACAUGACCUGAAAACUCCAUUAAAGCCUUCUGAAAAAAUGCAAGAUAUGGGAGCUUCAUUUGUGAAAUCCACAGUUUCUCUGCAGUCUGAAGUACAAUCUGUUUCUCCCAAAGUUGAAACUGCUGUAUCUCGGGGAGAGAAAUCUCGGCCAUCUCGCCGUGGUCGAUCUCAGCAACGGAAGGAUGCUCAAGAAAGAAAAAGUACCGAUAAAUUAAAUGCACAGAACACCAAAACACAUCCUGAUAAAUUAAUAUCUCUUUCUGUGAAGCCUGAAGCCCACGAUGUGGAAGUUGUUCCACCUGAAGAAGCUCAGUUACAGCACUCUGCUUCAUCAAAAGUAACAACCUCAGAACGGGCGCCAGUGCAUAAAAAGCAUCACCAUAUUGUGCUGAAGCAGCCGCAUGAGACCCUGAAGCCUCAGGUUGGUCGUGGGAGGUCUCCAAGUCCAAUGUGGAAUCCAGGUUCUACUUCAUAUGCAGACAUACUGCGUGGUAGACAAGUUUCAGAAGGAAAUGAAGAAACUACUUUUGUGACAGAACUUCGUGAAAGUAACAUUUCUACGACAGAAAAGAAUGAUGUAAAUGGGAGGAAGGUGCAAGAGAGUUAUGGAGACAAAUAUAAUUACCAACAAGAAGAUUGGAGCUUACCAGAUUCACACAAAACUAUGGCAAACUUCCAACAGACAGAAGAAGUUUUUGCUCCAGCAGCAGAUGAAAUUCCUACACAGACUAUAGAAGAUUAUGGCAUGGAUCAGACAUCAGAGAUGGGAGAUGUAGUAGAAAAGAUAGCACCAAAUGAAGUAGUGGACACUGGGACAUUCCUUGAAGAAGAGGUCAUCCCAUCUGUUCAUGAACAUGAUGUGAGUGGUGUUACAGUGCCUCCAGCUGUGUUUGAAUACAUUCAGCAACCGCCACCUGAUCUGGUGGGCUUCAUUGCUUCUGGUCAACAACUUCUUAAUUCUGGUUUGGGAACAUACCACACAUCGGCUCACCAGUAUGUAAUGAGUCAUGAUGGUGACCAGUCUUUGGUUUAUCCUGUAACUGUUACUGCAGCACAGCAACCUGGCAGCCAGUAUGAAACCCUCACACUGGAUUAUGUUCAGCCUUCUAUUGACUCAGUUGCCUACCCAACACCAGUUCAUCAGGACUUUGUACCACAACAAUAUGAUUUAUCGCAGCAGGCUGUGCUGUCUGAUCCAGAUAUAACUUUGUCGCCUGAAGUAACUCCUAUACAUGAUGCAAGACAGUCCAAGAAAAUCAGAUCUGGUCAUCAUAGUCAGACUGAAAUGAUGACUUUUAUCAGCACGUCAGUAGUGGAUGAAGAGAUAAAACCUGUGACUGUACAUAAAAUUGAAAGUGAUCAUCAGGCAGGAAGUACUGAUGGUGUACAGACUGAAGGGGAUAAGUGUCAGUUGUCAUAUGCUCAGAUAUUAGCUCAAGGAUUAUGUUCAAAACCACUCCAGCCAUCCAGUCAGGCAGUUAAUAUGUCUGUAAACAGAAACGAUCGAAUACAAUCAUCACGACCAACUUCUCCAGUGACAAGCUACUCUCGAGAAUUGUCUGCCUCUCCUUCCCGUGAUAUUUCGUCCACAGUAAGAGAAGAGGUGACAGAAUCUAUUGUAGCUGCAGAUAGAAUAAACGCUCCAAAAUUGGACAGAAGAGCUAUAAAGAAAAAGAAAGAUAAAGUGAAGAAAGAAGUUGAUGGUUUAAUGCAAGUUCAUAGCCCACCAUCAGGUGACCAGCAAAAGCAUAAAUCUGGAAAGAACAAACAGAGGAAGAAGGAUACAGUGCAUACCAAUUUUGAAUUUAAUGGAAAGCAAGAGCUUGUGGAAGAGAAUAGAGAACAAGUUCCAGUUGUUCAGACAGGAGCUGCAGCUGUUGCCAACAUUGGAGAGCCCCUUACGGUUACAUCUGGUAAGAGAUCUGUAGCUGACAACAGCUUGGCUUCAGUCAAGGAUAGAAAAGAUGGAUGUAAGAAAUCAAAACUGUUAGGUGAUGUUGAACAACAAAAUGUACAUAGCAAACCUGUUUCACAAAUAUCCCCACAAAGUAAUGAACCAAUGGAAAUGAAAAAGGAUGAUGCACCAGAAGAAAUACCAGAACAGUUGGAGGUCACUGAUGAUAAACAAGGUGCAUUACUAGAUCAAGAAAAGAAGAAACGUCAAAAGAAGAAGAAACUAGGGAAAAACGUCGGUGAAGAUGAAAUUGAGAAGGCAUUAAAAGAAAUUGCUAUGAUGGAAAUGACCUGUAGUAAACAUAAGAAUAAGAAUAAUGAGUUACCUCAGGAAGCAAAGGUAGAAGUGACAAAACCCGAUAAGGAAGAUAAGAAGUGCAAAAAGCUAAAGUCUCUUACUCAUAUAGAUAAUGCAAGUGCAUUAAUUCAUGAGGCAGAACCCAAGCAAAUGGCAACUGUGGUUUCAUCUUUUGAAACAGCCACAUUAAUUCAGAGCUCAGAUUGUCAAGGUAAUAUUACCGAGCUCAAAGAAAAGCAGAAUAAAAAUCCGGAAAUUUUGCCUGGUAUAGUCUGUGAACAGGAAGAUGUAAAUGUAGACAUUCCCAAAAUUGAGCAUUUGAAGAAAAAAAAGAAACGUGGAAAGAAGUCAAUUGGAUGCAAAGAUAAUAAACAUAUAGUAGGAGAACUCAGAAUGCAGAACAGAGAAUGUGAAAUUGAUGACAUUGAAACUGGACAGGAUGUACUGUGUACACAGAAAUCUGAACCAUUCGCAAAGAAGCAGCAUGAAGUUAUAGAAGCAGGAAAUAUAGUUGAAGAGCCUGUAGUUGUGGAGCAAGGAGUUUCAGAACAUUUUCCAGAAGGAAUCAUUACGGCAGAGGAUGAAAGCACCGGAUAUUCACAGUUUGGUCAUGCUGAGAUUGCCAGUGAGGAAGCCUACAUACCUCCACCAGAUUUGUUAGCUGAUAUUGAACUUGGCACUGAAUUGCUGAAAAGCAGCAGAUUUAUAUCAGGAAUGGAUUCUGACAUUCCAGCAGAUGUAGACUGUAAACAGAAGGAAACAGAUCCUAGUAUAAGAAAGAAAGGUAGAGAAUUGAGAGAUACAUCAUCACCUGUUUUAAAUAAAGGAAAAAGAGGUAUCAAGAAACAAAAAAUUGGUGCAAAACUGCCCAGAGAAGAAGUAAAUAAAAUUGAUGGUACAUCUGUUAUGGUUGAGAAAUCUCAUAAUAUAAUAAAAUCUGUUCCCCAGGAAGAGCAGCUAAAGUCAGAAAGUAAACCUUCUCACCUAGCACCCAUUGUCAUAGAAGAUAAGACUGACACUUUACAGAAAGGCAAAAUUCAUUUGCAACUGAAAAAGACAGAUGGACCAGAGUCACCAAUUAAGGGGAAGAAAAGUAGAAAAGCUGCUAAGAAAGGAAUAUCUAAACAGUGUGAAUCUCCUCACAACCCUAAACAAGAACCUGUAGGAGCUGAUGAAACUUCUGGUCUAUACAGACAGGGGGGUAGAGAUGAUUUGGGCAGUGAUAAUGACAUUUCAGGGAAAGAGUCAACCAAUGUCACGGACAAGAAAAUAUUCCUUAGCACCAAUUUAAAUGGAAUCCAAGACCGAGAUGCUAGCAAAAGUGACAUAGUUUCCAGGAAAUCUAGAAAAGUUAAACAGCCGAAAACUGAAGAUAAACCUAAUUUAAUAAUAGAGAAACAGCAUUCAAUGGAGCAGAAGCCUGAAAGGAAUGAUAAUGACGAGAAGAAUGAUAAAAAAAUACUACAAGAAAUACCUGACAAAUUUGCAGAACUCUCAAUCGGUAUACCUGAACCUUUGGAUGUUGCGGUAGAGGGAAUGACAGUUCCUUCAGAUCUGGGAGUAGCUAAUGCUGAUACUUAUGUUGUGGAAGUGGUAACAGAUGAUGUAACAGUGGAGGGAAAAUCAGCAAAGCCAUAUAAAUCAAAUUCCGCUGUUGUGAAAACCAGUAAAGAACAAAAUAGAGGUAGAGAUGAUACCACUAAAGACCAGGAUGUCAGCCUAUUUCUUACAGGAGCAAAAACAGGUAGGACUGGUUUAGAACAGCCAUCUGACAAAGGGAAGCGAAAUUCGAAGAAAUCCAAGAAACAGAAAGCAGCUGCAUAUGAACAGAAGAAAUCCAGUUUGUCUUUUGAGUUUGCUAAUGUAGAAACCAAUGAAAAUGAAAGACCAGAAGUUAAGGAUAACAAAAUAAUGACUCCCAGAGACCUUAUUUCUAAUACAGAUAACAUAUCUGCUUUCAUGCCACUUGAACAUACAUUUGCUAAAAGUACCAAAAUCAGUAAGAAAUCUAAGAAACCAAAAUGUAGAGUUUCUAAAGAAGAAAAGGAUGAAGAUUUGUCAAAGAACAUAAAUGUAGUACAUAACAUUCCUGACAUGCCAGUGAUAAAGACAGAAGAAGAUUUAUCCUUACAUGAUACAGAGAAUGAUCCUCAAGAUAAAAUCUCUGAACCAUUUAAAGAAUCGAUUCCUUUAAUUUCUGGUGGCAUUGGGGAGCAAGAUGCUGACCAGUGCAUGAAAUGGGUUGCAGAGACAGAAAAUAUUCAAGCACAAACUCCUGUAGCGAUAUUGCCUGAGGAAGCAGAAGCACAAAGUGAAGUUGCUGCAUUGUUAGAGGAAAAUUUGGAUGAAAAAUAUUCCUACACGCAUGAAAUGCCUUUGUCUGAACGUGAAGUAUUCGAGAGCUAUAAUGAGAGUCUUCAUGAACACGAUAAAGAGAUAUUCAUCUCAACACCAGGACAAAGAGAUGAGAAACUUGAAAGCAUUGGAGAUGAAACUGUUUAUAAGUCUGACCCUAAACACAAGGACACAACAGAUGACAGUGGUGAUGAGAACCUCAAUAAUCAGGAACAUGAUAUCUACUUGGUGUCAACUCAGGAGAAUAUGGUUCAUAGAGGCAAUGAAAUACAGGAAGAAAAGACAGGUCAAUUGUCACGUGAAGAGAAUGUUUCUCUGGAUGCUGUUUCAAAGUCUAAGAAAUGUGAUAAAAAAAUGAAAGCAAGACGUACUACAAAUGUUCAGCCAGUUAACCUUCAAGUAAAUAUCCCUCAUAAGAGUGGUCAUGAAACUGAGGAUAUUUGUUCUACAGUGUUAUCACAUUCUUCAUCUGAAAUUAAGAAACAUAUUCUAGGAACAUCUUUAGUUCAACAUGGAACAUCACAAGUAACAGAAAAUCUAGAUGCUAUAGUUCUGACACCACAAUGGAUGGCAAAAUCACCUGUGAAUUUAUCAAGUGAAGAUCCUUUUAAUUUGAAACAGUCCGAUAUAUUUGACUUAACUGAUCAUUCGGUGUCAGAUAUUUCUCAUGUACACCAAGCCGCCAAUCAGAAUCAUGGCAAUGAUUCACCAUUAACUCAAUCCUCAGUUUCUUUACCGCACCGUCAAGUUGUAUUACCAAUGUCUUCAUCUUCAGUUAGUUCUAAUUUUGGACUGACACAAGAAAUUUUGAACGCACAAGAAGAGACUAUUAAUAUAGAACUACAUGGUGUUGAUAAUGCAGGAAUUUUUGGUUCAGUCAAAGAAAGACAAAGGAAACCUCGAAAGAUUAUUGAUACACUGACCGUAGAUGAGAAGGUAGUAAAAUCAAUAGACAUUUCCACCCCUCUUACACAGGAAAAGAAGAGAAAACCUCCCAAAUCACCAGUAAAUGAGGAUACUAGAAAAAGAGAUGGAAAGGUUAAAAUGGCAGAAGAGCCCAAAGAUUUGGAAGAGCAUGAAGAGUAUAGAGCAAUGAAAGAUAAGAUGAAGAAGAAAAAGAGGCGCCCCAAAAUACCAAUUGAGUUUACAAGUCCUCAGACCAAAGUAGAAAAUGAUUUAGAAGCUGUGAAGGUAAAUUUGGAUGUUAAAACUGCAAAGAAACAUGAACCUGAUGAGAUUGUUGAGUCAGAAUCUGAAGUAGUACCUGUGGUCACAGAUGUAGAUUCUUUUCAUCUGCAGAAUAUUGUUAAGAGUGAUUUAAAAAUUGGAAGUGAUCUGGCCUCAGCAUAUUCUCAACCAGUGUCACCAGAAACCGUUGUUAUCAAGGAACAAGCAGAACAUGAAACAUCUUGUGCAAUAGAUGACAGUAAUCUCUCAAAUUCCAAAAUGAAGCCACUUUUAUUAGAAGCAACAUCAGUGAGAGUACCAAAAGAAGAACCUGGUACACAACUGAGGCUAAGCGAUUAUUGUUCAACUGAAAUCAAAUUAGAUAUUCAAGAAUCAGAAUCAAAUGUUCCUCAAGAAGCAGCGAAACCUCACACUUCAUGUAUGAUGAAAUCAGAUGAAUUGAGUGAUGCUUGGAUGAGUGCGUUAGAUGAACCAUUGGUGUUUGAUGUUGAUGAAGAUGAUGAGGAUUAUGGAAAUGUUAUUGUGACUUCACCUUCUUCAAGGAGCAUUGAAACAGAUGAUGCACUGGUUAAAAUUCAAGAAGCUGUGAUUGCUGCAGUUGAAAGUAUUUAUGAUCGUUCUGAAUGUGAUCUGAAAGCUGGAACAGUACGGAUUGCUCCAAAUGAUAUGCCUUCUGAAGCAGGUCUGAAGAGUGAGACAAUUCCUACUCUUGAAAAUGGUGUAUAUUCUGACUCUGUGCGGAAGACUGAAGGAAUCACUGCAGUUGGGAAGGAUAUACUUUCUGAACCUGAUGUAAAGACUGAAAUGACCCAUGCUAUUGUAAAUGAUGUGCUUUCUGAACCUGAAACAACCCAAACAGUUGCAAAAGAUAUGAAUCCUGAAAGUGGUCAGAAGACUGAUGUAAUCCCUAUGGUUUUGAAUGAUGUGCUUUCCAAACCUGGGAUGAAGGCUGCAACAGUCACUGAAGUUGCAAAUGAUAUGUCUAAAACAUGCCUGAAGAGUGCAAUCGUUCCUACUCUUCCAAGUGAUGUGCUUUCUGAAUCUGGCCAGAAGAUUGAAAGAGCCUCAACAGUAUCAGAUGAUAUACUACCUGAACCUAGUUUGAAGACUGAAACAGUUGCUGAAGUCAUAAAUGAUGUACUGUCUGAACCUUACCUGAUGACUGAAACACAUACUACAGUCGUUGAUAAAGUGGUGUAUGAACCUGACAUAAUGACUGAAGCAGUCACUGAAGUUGUGAGUGGGGUGAUUUCUGAUCCUGAUAUGAAGACUGAAACUGCAAAUGAUCCGCUUUCUCAACCUUUCCUGAUGACAGAAACAGUUACUGCAAUAGUGAAGGAUGUGACAUCUGAACCUGGACUAAACAGUGAAACAGUCAGUUCAGUUACAAUUGAUAUGAUGCAUGAACUUGGUCUAAAGAUGGAAACUGUAAAAGAUAUGGUUUCAGAAUCUGAUCAAGUAACUGAAACAGUCACUACAAUUUUUAAUGAUGUGAUUUCUUUACCUGGCCUGAUGCCUGAAACAGUUGUAAAUGAUGCAGUUUCUGAAUCUGCCCUGAUGACUCAGGGAAACAUUAAAGUUUCAAAUGAUGAGAUAUCUGAAGAUGGCCUGAUGACUGAAACAGUCACUAUGGUUGGGGAUGGUGUAGUUUCUGAACCUGGCCUGUUGACUGGAACAAUUGUUGCAAUUUCAGAUGAUGUGGUUUCUGAGCCUGGCCUGUUGACUGAAACACUGACUACAGUUGCAAAUGAUGUUAUUUCUGAAUCCAGUCUGUUGACUGAAACAGUCACUUCAGAUACUGGUGUUGAGAUUUCUGAACCUGUCCCAUUGGCUGAAACAGUUGCUACAGUUUCAAAUGAUGUGAUUUCUGAACGUGGCCUGUUGACUGAAACACUGACUACAGUUGCAAAUGAUGUUAUUUCUGAACCUAGUCUGCUUACUGAAACAGUCACCUCAGUUACUAGUAAUGUCAUUUCUGAACUAAGCCUAUUGACUGAAACAGUUAGUACAGUUUCAAAUGAUGUGAUUUCUGAGCCUGGCAUGUUGACUGGAACACUGACUACAGUUGCAAAUGAUGCUAUUUCUGAACCUAGUCUUUUGACUGAAACAGUCACUUCAGUUACUAGUGAUGUGUUCUCUGAACCUGGCCUAUUGACUGAAACAGUUGCUACAGUUUCAAAUGAUGUGAUUUCUGAACCUGGCGUGUUGACUGAAAUAGUUGCCACAGUUGCAAAUGAUAAAAUUCCAGGAGCUGACCUCUUGACUGAAGCACUGACUACAGUUGCAAAUGAUGUGAUUUCUGAACCUAGUCUGUUGACUGAAGCAGUCCCAUCAGAUACUGGUGUUGUGAUUUCUGAACCUAGUCUGUUGACUGAAACAGUCCCAUCAGAUACUGGUGUUGUGAUUUCUGAAGCUGGCCUAUUGACUGAAACAGUCCCAUCAGAUACUGGUGAUGUGAUUUCUGAACCUAGUCUGUUGACUGAAACAGUCCCAUCAAAUACUGGUGUUGUGAUUUCUGAACCUGGCAUGUUGACUGAAACAGUCCCAUCAGAUACUGGUGAUGUGAUUUCUGAACCUGGCCUAUUGACUGAAACAGUCCCACCAGAUACUGGCGUUGUGAUUUCUGAACCUGGCCUAUUGGCUGAAACAGCCCCAUCAGAUAUUGGUGAUGUGAUUUCUGAACCUGGCCUAUUGACUGAAACAGUCCCAUCAGAUACUGGUGUUGUGAUUUCUGAACCUGGCCUAUUGACUGAAACAGUCCCAUCAGAUACUGGUGAUGUGAUUUCUGAACCUAGUCUGUUGACUGAAACAGUCCCAUCAAAUACUGGUGUUGUGAUUUCUGAACCUGGCAUGUUGACUGAAACAGUCCCAUCAGAUACUGGUGAUGUGAUUUCUGAACCUGGCCUAUUGACUGAAACAGUCCCAUCAGAUACUGGCGUUGUGAUUUCUGAACCUGGCCUAUUGGCUGAAACAGCCCCAUCAGAUAUUGGUGAUGUGAUUUCUGAACCUGGCCUAUUGACUGAAACAGUCCCAUCAGAUACUGGUGUUGUGAUUUCUGAACCUGGCCUAUUGACUGAAACAGUCCCAUCAGAUACUGGUGAUGUGAUUUCUGAACCUAGUCUGUUGACUGAAACAGUCCCAUCAAAUACUGGUGUUGUGAUUUCUGAACCUGGCAUGUUGACUGAAACAGUCCCAUCAGAUACUGGUGAUGUGAUUUCUGAACCUGGCCUAUUGACUGAAACAGUCCCAUCAGAUACUGGCGUUGUGAUUUCUGAACCUGGCCUAUUGGCUGAAACAGCCCCAUCAGAUAUUGGUGAUGUGAUUUCUGAACCUGGCCUAUUGACUGAAACAGUCCCAUCAGAUACUGGUGUUGUGAUUUCUGAACCUGGCCUAUUGACUGAAACAGUCCCAUCAGAUACUGGUGAUGUGAUUUCUGAACCUGGCCUAUUGACUGAAACAGUCCCAUCAGAUACUGGUGAUGUGAUUUCUGAACCUGGCCUAUUGACUGAAACAGUCCCAUCAGAUACUGGUGAUGUGAUUUCUGAACCUGGCCUAUUGACUGAAACAGUCGCUUCAGUUACUAGUGAUGUGAUUUCUGAACCUGGCCUAUUGACCAAAACAGUCACUGCAGUUACUAAUGACAUGAUUUCUGAAUGCAGCCUGUUGACUGAAACAAUCACCACUACAGCUGUUUCGAAUGAUGUGAUUUCUGAACCUGUCCUGUUGACUGAAACAGCCACCACAAUUGAAAAUAAUGUGAUCACUGAAUGUGGUCUCCUAACUGAAACAGUUACAGUAGUUGCAACUGAUGUGAUCUCUGAACCUGAUCUGUCGACUGAAACUACCACUGCAGUUUCAGAAGUGAAGUCCUUUGUGCAACCAAGUGAUGCAUUGCUUAACAACCCUGAUGUAAUGCCUCAAUUUUCUGAGGAGCUUGCAGAUACUUGUUCAGAUGCUUUAGAAAAACCAGUGGUGUUUACAGAUGAUGGCCAGGUCUCUGUAGAGGGGUUUGAUUCUGGAGUAAGAAUGCCAGAGACUGCUCUGCAGAAUUUCUCUUUGUCCAAUGAGGUGGUGUUAGAAGAUAUAAACAUUCCAAUUACAGAACUUCCUGCAAGAGGUAUCUGCCAUAAUUCUUUUACUGCUGAGCUCAUUGUUCAGGAAUUCAAGCCAAGUUAUUAUCUGUGUAGAGAUGCUGAAAUAUACUGGCAAGAAAAAGUGGCACGAGAGCUGAAGCAAGUUCCAUUUACUCUCCUGGAAAGUCAGGAGAAACAUGAAAUGAAACAUUCACCAGAGAAGCCACUAGAAGGUAAAGAAGCAGUUCCUGUCACAACAACAGAGCAGCACAAGUCAGAGGCACAGUUGGAUGAAAGCUCUAGGAAAAGACAUGAUUUUGAAGUCCCAGUAUAUGACAUGCAUAUUUUACUGGAUACUGAAAGAAGAUGGCAUGAAUUUAAGACAGUGGCAUUGCUGCGAGAACAAGAAACAGUCUCAGAGAAAGCAGAAAGUGCAGUUUCCCAUGCAGAGAAAGAGGUUUCAGAAUCUACCAAGGAACAUUAUGUAAAGACUCAAGUUAUAAAUCCAGACAGUCCUACUCAGAGUGUAAAGGAAACUGUUUUACCUGAAACACUCACAAACAUUUCCAAAAAAUUUGCUGAAGCAGAAAUUCGUGGGAGUAAUUCUGUAUUAGAUACCAAUAGACCACAAGUACCUUUCUGUCAAAAUACUGAAGAAGUUACGAAGGUUGUUGAGGAGCAGUAUAUUGAUAUACCUAAUUCAACACCUGAUUUACAAGGAAGUACUGAAUUCAUGGAGGACAGGAACACACAAUUCAGCAGUCCAGAAACUCAUGAAACACAACUGAAGCCUGAUGGUAUUGGAUUCUCAUUUGCAACCAAGAGAGAGAAAGCAGAACUUCCGUUUAAUUUGUACAAAGAAAAUGUAUGGCUAGAGUCAUUCAAAUUCCUUGAUGCUGAAAGAGAAUGGAGAGCGCUUCAUAGUGAAGUUUCAAGUAAAGAACUUGCAUUUGAAGAGGACAGUGCAGGUAUAGGAACAAUUGAUGUACUGAAAUCUCUGGAAUCAGCAAGAAGUGGAGACAUUUCUGAUGGAGAAUUGCUUCAACAACAGCAACAAAUAGAAAUUAUGGAUGUCAAAUUUGACACAAGUGGCACAUUGAAACUUGAGUCAGCAGAUAUUCCUUCAUCACAAGAUGCUUCUCAGGAGCUGGAAAUGAAGUUAGUUUCUGAACUGCCUGAAGAUUCAAGAGAUAUCUCUUCAUCGCUAGUUAUGCCCCAGGACCAAGAACUAAGGGCUGUAAGUUGUGAACUGACUAAAGAAUCAACAGACCAUAUUUCUCAAUCACAAGAUGUUUCUCAGCAGCCAAAACUGAAGUCAAGUUCUGAGCUGACUGAAGAUGAAAUACAGUUCGUUUUACACCAAGAUCACAGAGCAGAUAAAUCUAAUUGUCGGUAUGAUAUAGUUGGGAUUCAUGAUGCAGUGAGGCAACAUCAGGAGCAAGUUGAAAGUGAGUUGGAAAACGGUUUUGAAGAUAAGGCUCAGCUCAAGCAAAAAGAAGUAAAAAUUCAGGGAGUGCCAGAAGGUUACUGCGCAGAAAGUGUUUACAGUUAUUAUGAUGUAUUUGGACUUCGUGAUGCGGAGAGGAAACAUCAGGAAAAACUUGCCCUCUCAGAAGCUACAGAGACUGAAACUAAUACAUUGACAGAUGUAACAUCUUUGGUGGAAAAUAAUUUAGAAAAUUUUGAUGCUCAAGUUGAGAAUUUUAAAAAUAAGGAAGAAAUUAUAUUUCAGACCGAGUUUGCCGGUGGAACUGUGAGAACUUUGGCUUCUCUAGCAGCGUGUAAAAUGUCUGAUUCUCUACAGGGGGCAAGUUACAAAGAAAAAUCACUUGAGAUUGCAGUUUUAAAUAAAAAUUCUGUUAGUAAGUUGAGCGACUUGCAAGAGCCUUCACAACAUUUAGUUCGUGUGUGUGUUGCAGAGGUUGAAAAAGACGAUACAAAUGUGCCUGUGGUUGAAGUUGAUCCAGAGGGAUUCAUGAAAUUUGUACCAAAGAGGGAAAUGAGGAAACGUAAAUCACGAUCUAGGUCCAGGUCUUGUUGCAGGGAUGAUGUCAUUCAUGAAAAACCGCAAGAAGUUGUAUCUGUUAUUAAUGUUCGAAGAAGGGAAGGUAAUGUUCAAACCAAAGAAGAUUAUUCUGUAAAGGAGCAUGCUAUGAGUUCGGUUACCUUUGAGUCCUCGGGAGAGAUUUCUGUACCUCAUGCAUUCGAUACUGAAAGUAAAGAAAUGGGCAGUGUUGAGCUUUACACUACAGGGGAGGAUAAAUCAGGCGUUAUUAUGGCACAACCAAAAUCUGGUAAGGAAGGACAAAAACCAACUAUUAUAUCUGAAAAGGUUCAAGGUGAGAUGGGAAAAAAGAGGAAGCGGAGGCCUGCGAAGUCUCCAGCACAUCAGGUACCUAAUGACAGUGAACGGAAGAAGCCGCUUUCUGAGUUUGAACAGGGAGUGGAAGGCAUUGGGCACUCACUUGUAAGGGAGAAGAUUCUUCAGCAUUGUUUGUCAUUAGAUGGAGCAUUCUGGCCAGACAAAUGGCAGUGUCAUGAUGCUGAAUGUCAGUGGCAGGAAGCAGUAGCUCAGUGCCAGAAACCUGUGCCAACCUCUGCCUCGACACAAGUCAAAUCCGAUGAAACACGUGAUCGCAGAGAUGAUUCUGAUGGUGGAAAUAGUGGAAACAGUUCUCCAGGACCACAUACACCCAAAGGAGGUGGUGGCAGUGGAAGGCUAGGUCCAUCAGAUGUUACAACAGAACAACUAAGCGCCGAUCUGCCAGGUGGAAUUUGCAGCUGGCCAGGUGAGAGCACUUACCUGAGUGUUCCCGAUACGUUAGUUAUCUAUCCGAAUGAACAAAAGGCAACUGAGGAUGAAGAAUUGUUGGCAGCAGAGGAGGAACUUACAUCCCGCCUAGCACAUAAAGUAGCCGAAGAAGUCUUCACAGAUUUGGAUGAUGAACAAGAACCAGAGUGCCCCUUGUAUUCUUCCCCUUCUGCAACCCAGGAAGCUCAAUCCAGACGCGGGAAGGAUGACGGCGCAGCCAUCUUUGUGGUACAAAUGAAGGUAUUGACAUCAGAUUUGGUUGCCCUUCAACAGUCUGUGGCCAAGUCAGAAGUUGAACUCAGCUGCCUACCUGCAGACAGUUUGACAAGCAUGUUUGAUGCCUUAUUGAAAUUGUUGGACGAUCUUCAACUGAAGGAGCAGGAAGCUAUAAGACUUGAACAUGUCUUGAGGGAUCUGCCACCUGAUGCAGAAACACAGUCACUUGAGGCAACUCUGGCUGGGGUGCGAACUCAGAUUGUCACAUUGAUGUCUCAGAUAGAGCAAGGCAAGACUACAGUUGAGGUGGCACAAGGAAUCCAAGAAAAACGUCUAAAAGAAGUAAUGCAGUAUCAGACAUUAUUAACAGAUCUGGAGCAGUGGCUUGUUACCGUGAAUGCUUCCCUUCGUAUUGAACAACCCACAUCACCAAAAGUCAUUAAAGGUCAACUUGUUGCUUAUGAGAAACUCUCUGCUGAGCUGGACGUGAAAGAAGCUCAACUUCUAGAGUUGGCCAGCCAUUGUGAGGGUCUUCAAGGUUACCCUGAUAUACAGCAGUUGGCUUUAGCAUUAUCAGAACACAUUCAACCUGUGCAGGAAGCUAUUCGUGAAGCAGCAAAGGAACUAAAGAUCCGCCAUGAUAUGCUGCAGGGAUUGUUAACCACUGAAGAAUCAAAGGAGAAGCAGUAUCCCCAGGUGAAGCAACAGGAAAUAUUGGUAUCUUCUGUAGAGCUUGUGCCACAUGUAGCACAGUCCCUUCCCAAAGUUGACUCCAAGACUGUACCUGAUGUUGAUGAAGGUUCUGUCUUGAUAUCUCAUCCUCAGACUCCAGUAUCAGCAACUCCUGUUGAUUCACUUUCCACUCAGGAUAGACCCCUUCCUAUUCAAGUUACUACAGAGCCAGUAUGCAUCAGAGAAGACCCGGAACCAUUGUCUGGUGAAGAGAAAGAUGUAACUGUUGAGAGCCCUUUUGUUUCUCAGCAUGAGUUAGCAGCAGAAGAUACCUUAGCAUCAGAUUUAUCAACAAUCCCAGAUGAAGAGGUGCCAGUCCAAAGCCUUAUUGCUGUAGAAUGUGAAUUGAAGCAGGAACCAGACGUCCAUGAUGUUGGUUCUCAGACAGGAAACAGUUUGCUCCUUGAUCAACCAAAGAAAGAAACUGUCUCAGAUUUAAUACCAGAGGUAACAACAAAAGAUGAAGGAACUAUAUGUCAUCCUCCUGUUGAUAUGGAAGUACAAACAGAGUCUUCUUCACAGUUUGUAAGUGAUUUUGCCUUGCCAUUAGCAACCAAGAAAGAAGUACCAACUGAGAUUGCAGUCCAGACAGUAAAAGACACAUGGACUUCUCCUGCCAUUGAAAUGCAGAAAAAUAAGAUCCAUGUUUUUCAGAAGAUAACAGGGGAUGAAGAGACUAUUGAAAUUGCAACAAAGGCUGGUGUUGGAGGAGGAGAAAUUCUUGUAGCUCCUGAAGUAGAAAGUACUAUUAUACCAGAGGAGAAACAUAGUGAAACAGAUGAUGACUUGUUAGUAAAAGUAAAAUACAAAGGUAAAGGUCAAGAAGAUACACAGUCCGUUACCAGUACAUCUGAACUGAACAUAAUUCACACAGCACCACAGUCGUUUGAAACUCUCCUUAUUGAUCCUGGUGAAAGUACAACGGAAAUAAUUGUUGAUAAGGACGGAAAUCAGAAAAUUGUUGUUCGAAGAGUUCGGCAGACUGUGAUAUCUCAACAGCAGCAGCAUACAGUACAACAGAGGUUUCAAACAUUUGCAGCUUCAGAUGUUGGCAGUGAAUGUGCAGAUGUCCCUGUAACACAUUCUGUUGCAUUCUCUGAAGUGACUUUGCAAGGACUACAAAGUACUGUGUCAGAAAGCCAAGGUGAUGGAAAGGUCCAUGUUACAACCACUAAAUCAUACACAGGAAAAGUGGCAGCAGGCAUUCCAGGUGGUGAUCUCACUUCGUCAGAGUUCUCCACUGAACCUCAACAUCAAACUGUUACAUACCACACAGUCUCUGGAGGAACAGAAAAUCUUCCAGAAUGUGCUAUUCUUAGGGAAGUGGGAGGUCAAGUAUUUAGUGGCAGUGGAUACACCGUUGUUGAACCGUCUGAAGCAGAUAAUAUGUCAGCUGAAUUUGAACCUGAGCAUAUUGUUACUUCACAACCAGAAGGUCAAGAUACUGUUGGAGACCAACUCAUUACAACUUCAUCAUCACGUGUUAAUGCAGUUGUUCAGCAGGUUACUAGAAGAGUUGUUCGUAGAAUCAGAAGAGUUAUCCGAAAGGUUGUUAUUAUUGAUGGGAAGGAGCACGUGACUGAAGAGGUAGUGGAGGAACCAGAGGAAGUAGAAAUAGAGGUUCCCAGGGUGAGAGUUGAGAUCUCCAGAACAGGGGAUAGUGAUAUGGGUCAGCAGAUAUUGGACGAUGACCUCCAAGAACAGUACCAACAUUACAGCCCUGGUGAUGUUACAGUUCAAGUAGAUACUGGUUCUGUUCCAAGACUGACUCUACAGGAAGGUGAAGACACCUAUGGUAAUGUGUUUCAAGGAAAACCAGGAACUGAAAUUCGGGAUCAUCAUAUCGUGGAAGAACACAAACCAUCAUCAGUGCAAGGGGAACUUGUACAAGUUAGCACGUAUGGUCAGACACCAGUGGAGAAGCAAGAGUACAUGCAAGGAGAACUGAUGAUGAGUGUCCUGGGAUCAGUACAUAAAAAAGAGGAGGGGGUGAUGGCAGGGAAUAGUGAAGUUAAUAGUUUGUUUGUAGAUGCUCCUGAGGAAUUUCCAGACACUUUGGAUGCUGAAGUGGUUCCAAGUACAGUGGGUGAACUGAAAGAUGAAGCUGAUAAAAUGUUACGAGAUACAGAUGAAUCAGUAUUUGUACAAGGCACAUGUGUGGUAGAAGGAGAUAUAAAUAAUCUAUUAUACAAGGAAGCAGAGCAUGUCCCUGAAACUGCUGUUGAACACACAUCUCCACAGCAGUUUACAGAAUGUCUUGCUACCUCUGAACUUGACAAAGACAAUAUCGUAGUAGCUGUAGAAGAAUUAACGGUUGAGAAGAUAACUUCCGGAGAUUAUACAGUUGGAAUACCUGAACAAGAAAAUUUACAUAUUGUAACAAGCACUGGAGGAAUUCUUCCAAAUGCAUCUUCAGGAUUCGAUUCAGUUUCCGUGAAAUUUGAGGCAGUAAUACCUAUGACAGAGUCAGAGCCUAUAACUGAAAGGGAUUCUGAUCUGAAACAAAGUGUGAAGGAGCAAAGCUCUGAGGUACCACUUGAAAAGUCAUUGUCUUCACAUGGAGUACAUAAUGAGGCCAUAGUAAGUGGAGUGACCCACAUACCAACUGAACCAAGUUCUGACAUGUCUCCUUCUUUGGAGCAUCAUAUUUUACCUGAAUUAAAAGAAACGCAAGCAACACAAGAACCAGAUACACAGGAAACAGAGACUGAACUGCAAGGUCAGUGCAUAUCAGUUGAGUUCCCAGAAGCACAGAAAUAUUUUGAUACAACUGAAAUUAAGAAUGUAGCUGAAGAAACAUUAAAAAUCAGUGAACUGACAGAAGGUAAUGGAACUGUGGAUAAAGUUAUUUCUGAUGAAACCAUGCAGAGUCAGAGUACAGAACAACUUCAUACUACUACAGAGGAUCCAUUUGUGACAGAUUUACAAUCAGAACCUACAGCAGUUACUGAAGUGAGGACAUUGGAAAUACCUGAAGGUGAACAUUUUACUCCAAGUGUGGAGUUAAAAUCAGCAGAAGAAUCUCCUAAACCAAGUGAAUCUAAAGAAAUUGUUACAGAACCAGAUGGCGCAGUGAGUCAAGAUGUACCAUCACAGACAUCUCCAGAACAAGGUAUUAAAACAGUUGAGUUUGCCUUGUUUGUUGAAGAGAAAGCUAAACCUUCUUUGAAAGAUACUUCAGAACUAAUUCCAAAAGUAUCAACAACUGUUCAGUUUCAGGAGAAAGAACUUACAGCAUCAUCAGAAGAUAAGAAAGGUGAACCAUCUACAGUUACAGUACCUGAACAUGAAGUUGUUAAACAGGACAUUGUAAUUCAGUUACCUAGUACAAAAACCGUUUCACAUACCGCAACUGAAGAAAUUAUUACUCAGCCCACACCUGCACCUACUUCACUGAAGACUGAAAGUGAACCCUGGGAUGAAACAUCCUCAAAGAGUGAGGUAGAUAUCAGUAUACCAAAGAAAAGCAAAAAGAGGAGGAAGCAUAAAGCUAAAGGGCUCAGAGAGAGUUCACCUGAAGAGUCUAUUGAGGCUGAACAAGUAAAAUCCCCAGAAGAAACUCAAGAGGGCAUUAUCCAAAAUCUUUCUUUAGACAAAUCAGAUGAUCUGAUAUCAGUUGAAACAUCCCUUGCAGAAUCUACAGAGAUUAUUAUACCAGGCUCACAAGCAUCAGCUUUGUCUGAUACAACUAGAGAAACUGAACUGGAGAUUGUGAUGUUUGAAACUCCCAUUUCCCCACACUCACCAAGGGAUAGUGCAAAGACACAUGACACAGGUUAUGAUCCAGAAGACAAAACAACAUUAGAUGAAAUGUCAUUAGUGGAGGAAGAUGACAGGCAGAAGAACAAGAAGAAGAAGAAAAGAAAACAGAAGGUAAAAGCAAAAGAAUCAGAAGACUCAACUAGUACCACCCCAAAAUCAGAUGCAAAGCCAAUAGAUGCUCAGACAUUGGACUCAUCUCACGUUAGUAGUACUGAAAAGCUGCGCUCUCUUAAACCAGAGGAAGCCAGUACAUCAGCAAGUGAAAGCACUGCAGCAAAAGUGGCAGUGGAAGAGAUAGGAGUUGAAAGGAAAGGAAAGAAAAGGAAGAAAGAUAAGAAGGAACCAGAAGCUGCUUCUGAAUUUAAAGAACUAGAUGCAGCAUUAGAUAUGCAAAUUGCAGAUACACACAGUCCGGAAUUUUGUGAUGAAUCAUACAAAACAGUGAAGUCUGAGGAAGCUCACAAUGUUAAAAUCAUGGAAGAAGCCCUUCUGACACGACCACCAAGUGAGGCUAGUGAUAUACUGGUUGGCCCUGAGCCUAAAUCUGUUGAUAUCUGGGAGCUGUUGCAUGUACAAGAAAAAUCUGUUCAGACAGUGACCCAAGAUGUCACAAAUUUACCAGAUUCUGUGAUGACAGAAUCUUCUGUUCAGACUAUCAAGGAACAAGUGCCUGUCACACAGGAGGAUAAUACUCAGACUGUGACUCCUGAGUUGUCUGUGAUAGAGAAAACUGACACUACAGAUUUUUCUGUUCAGACACUGAUAGAGGAGCUUACACCUACACAAGAAGGAUCUGCGCAAACUAAAACACCAGAGGUAGUAGAACUAGAACCUGUCUCAACAAAUGAAACAUCUAUCCAGACAGCAGAGAUUGAACCAGUUCUAACCCAUGAAGAAGCUGCGCAGACUUCAACUCCAGAAUCCAUUCAACUGGCAUCUGUUGGUACUGUGGAUUCAUCCAUUCAAACCAAGGCUGAAGAAAUAAUACCUAUACAGGAAGGCUCUUCACAAACAUUGACACCUGAAGUUCCAGUUAUAGAUACAAAGGAUACAUCAAUACAAACAGUGAAAGAUGAAUUGACACCUGUGCAUGAAGGAUCAAUGCAGACUGUAGAAUCAGACCCAGUAGAAAUUCCAGAACAGCUGAAAGUGGAAACAUUUGAGAUGUCAGUUCAGACUUCUAACGAAGCAUUGAAUCCAAUAUGUGAGGAAUGCGCACACACUGAUAUUCAAGAAAGACCAGUUGAAAUUGUUGAGAUGUCCAGUCAGACAGUGAAGGAAGAUUCAGUACAAACUCGGGAGGGUACAGCACAAACGGUUUCACCUGAAGUUACCACAGUAGCACAGGUUGAUGUGUCUGAAACUUCCAUACAGACUAUUAAAGAAGAAAUCGUUCCUAGUACAAACGAAUAUUGUCAGACAGUUUCAGCUGAAGUGCCACAAGCUGAGGUGAUUGAGAUAACAGAAAUCUCUACUCAGACAACAAAACCUCUGGCUUCAUUCACACAGGAGGAAUAUGCUCAGACACACUCACCUGAAGUGCCUGAUGUUACAGAGACAUCCAUUCAGACACUGAAGGAAGAGAUUGUACCUACAGAAGAACAGUACUCACAAACAGUUACCAUAGAAGUAUCUGAACCACAAAAAUUAGAAAUGUUAGAUUCUUCCAUUCAGACCAAGGAGGAGGAAGUCAUCCCUAUUCCAGAGGAAUUGUCACCAGUUACAUCAGAACCAAAAGACAACAAAGUUUCUCCAGACUUCUUGAGAUCUGAGAGAACUGAGAUGACAGAUACUGAUGAGACAGGAAAAGAGGGUAUUAUCACUGAACAGAAUCUCCCUGAAACAACCAUGUACCAUGUACUCUUCAGUCCUGUUGAUGCAAAAGUUGAAACUACAGAAACAUCUAUUCAAACUAAGCCUGUUCUCAUGAAAGAGUGUACUGAUGAGAGGUCCCAGUCAUCGUCUUCAGAGGAUCCAUAUGAAAUUCAUGUUCAGACUUCAAUUUCAUUUGUUCCAUCAGUGGAACCUGGCAUAAUUUGGAAGACAAGCUGUGACACAAGCACUGGAGCUUCUAAAGAUAGGGAACCCGGAACUGAAGGGGAUAAUUUUGUGUCACUUGUGCAUGAGACUGAACAAGAUAGGAAUAUUUGUUCUGCAAAAGAAAUGCCAUUGACGUCUCUUGGUGUAAAAUCAGCACACCCAUCAAAGGAUGUACUUAAAAUGCCUGGAAUGGAACUGGAUCCAGCCACUAACCUUGCUGUUAGAACUGAGGAAAAUGUUGAACCCAGUGCUUCAGUAACAGAUUUCUCUCAAACUGAAACUAAGGAAGAUGUGAAGAAAGCAGUGUAUGAAUUCAUUGCCUCAGAAGUAGGGGCACAAUUGAAAGACAGAGAAAGUAGGCAACAAACAGCAAAACUUGUUCAAGAUGAAACUGUUCCAGAUCAUGAUUUGGAAAGUAUAAUUGGAGGAGAGAGACCACCACUUGCACAGUUGGAAUGUACUGAAACAAAGAAGGAGAAACAUCAGUCAUCCAAAGAUAGGAAGUCAAAACAUAAAAAGAAACGCAAAGAAAUGAAAGAUUUUGACAGCACUAGAGUUUCAGAACCUGUCCCUUUGGAAUGCCAAGAACAAAUAAAGCCCCAGGAAAGCACAUCUGAACCCACAGACUCUGAGGAAGCACAGUUUGUUGCAGAGGUUCCUUGUGCAGAGAACUUGUCACAAUUUGAACCAGAAUCACUGACUGCAAAGAUUACACUUGAAAAGGGCAAAGUCAGAGUGAUAAGCACUACAGAGCAUGAGAUUACAUCAGAAGACCAACUUCAACAUGCAGAAAUCUCUACAGGUAAGAAACCAAAGAAGGGUUCAAAAGCUCAGAAAAAUACUGCAGACAUUAAUUUAGAUGCAAAUCCAGAACUUUCUCUUGAAACACAAACACUUGGACACAUGUGUGAUGAGGAAAUUUCAGCUGAGUUCCAUACGUCUUUUUCACCUGUUGCUAAAGUGUCAUCAGAACCUGAAGGUUGUGUGGAAGAGGAAUUUCUCACAGCAGAACGUAAAGUAUCUGGCCAACCUGUUAGAGGAGAACAUUCACCAGGUCCUCCUAUACCAUAUGAAGCAGUGAUGGCCACCAAAUGUUCACCUGACCCUGACAGGAAACUGGAACUAGCAGGACAUGAGGUAGAUUCAGCUUCAACUACUGAACAGUUUCUAAUAGAUUCUCGUGCAGUAGAUACAUCAAAUGUUACAGAGAAAUCAGUGUCAAAUUUUGAUACGGAAACAAAUGGAGAACAACUUGUAGCAAUUAGCAGUGGAGAUGUAAUGCCAGUUGCAAUCUCUGAAUUAGAGCUUGUUUUACAAGAACAACCUUCUGCAGAGUUUCUGGUUACACAGAUUAAGGAUUCUGUAGAUGAAAUGGAGAUGUCUAAAUUCGAAAGCCCUGUAUUUGUAGAAGACAUUUCAGUACAGCUUGAACCAAGUCAACCAUCAGAUGCCCUUAGCAUUCCAGCUGAAGAGUCUCCUACAAUAAAAUGGAAACAGGCAACUAAUGUUUUAUCAGAGCGUAUGAAAAAUCUUCAAAAUGCUAAUAAAACCAGCCACAUGUCUGCAGGUUUAUACCUGGCGACUCUUCAAGAAGUUGUGAGUGAGGAGCCAGUAGAGCACAAGAGUGUUCAUGUGCAACAAAAUUUGAGUCUUCUGAGUUCAGCUGUAGAAAAGAAAGAUGUUGUGGUCAUUCAGAAAACAAUUAUUACAACGAUAGAGACAAUAUCCACAUGGCUGGAAACCAUUGAAUAUCGUGUAUAUCUAAACAAACAGAAAACUAAUACAGCACCAACACAGGAGCACAUAAAGGAAUAUGACACCCUGAAAGAAGAGAUCAGUAACAUUGAAGAAAAUGUUGACGCUUUGGAAGGUGUUCUUGAAACAGCCAGUGGAAUUUGCAAUGAAGAUGAUAAAGUACAUAUGAAAGAGUGCCUUGCCUCACUUCAUGAACAUGUGAAAGCUGUUGAGGAACUUGCUCAAGAAAGUGAAGAGAAAGUUGCCAAGGGUUUGAUUUGUUGGGAAGAGUUUUUGAAUGGUGUGAAUAAUAUUAGCGUAAUGGUUGAAGAGUUGAAGCAACAGUUGGAGGAACUUGUGCAGUCAGAUAUUUCAGCCCAACUGAAACUUCAAGAACUGGAGAAGAUAGAAACUGUGAAUUGUUGUCAUAUGUUGAAGACCUCUUUCUUACUAAAAACAGCAAGGAGCCUUGUUAGAGACUUUCCAGGAAGAGAAAUCCCUCCUGAGACUUACACUGCUCAUGAAACUACUCGAAUUAUUGAGCACAGUGUUUCUCUUGAACGAGAAAGGCUUCUUCAGCUCUUAUCUCUUGCAGAUGAUUAUGAACAAACUUUAAAAGAAUUUUCACAGAUUGUAGAUGUUGCAGAGACUUUGGUUGAUAGUCCUAUAUCCGUUACUAGUUUGGAGCAUUUGCAGGAAGAGAUGCAAAAACACCGUAAAUUUUUUGUAAAUUUGAGCCAUUGUCGAGGAAUUUUAGAAUCUUUAGAAGGAAACUUGGACCCAGACACACGUGCCUUGCACUCCCAGCUGCACCAGACCUUGCACUGUAGGGCAACUGCAAUACUAGAUAAAGCUGCAAGUCGAGCACAACAGAUGGCUUUGGCAGCUUCACGCUGGACAGUAUUGGAACAAGGGAUGAAGGAGGAGAGGGGAUGGCUUCAAGUGGCUCACCAAAGAGUUCCAGAUCUCCAGACAGUCAACUCCUCUGAUUAUGACCAGUACAUAUCCCUAUAUCAAUCAUUAUCAUCAGAUGUAGCUGUUCAUCAUGCUCGCAUAGUGCAACUGCUGAGUGUAGCUCACCGAUUACAAGAACUAAUUACGUGUAUAGGACUUGAAGCCAGAUAUGAUGAACAUUUGGAAGUUAUUCUCAGAUUACAAGAUGAUGUCAAUUCUAGUCUUAGACGACUUUUAGCAUUCCGAGAUACAUGGUCUGCAUAUGACCUUAUGGUAGAUAAAGUGGAAUUUUGGAUGAAAGGAGCUGAGAAAGAUUUGGAUAUAAUUUCAACUGAGACUGUACCACCAGGAGGAAAUAUGAGGCAGUUCUGGGAAUUGAAGGCUCAAUAUGAAUUGCACAAUAACAUUCAUAAUGAAGCAGGAAGCACCUUUGAAUCUGCAAUGCGGAUUAUUCCUGUUGCUGAUGAGAUGCUUCAGCGUCAGUUUCAUGCUAAAUUAGAAGACCGCUGGCGAGGUGUAGCAGACCGCAUCAAUAGAAUUCAGACAUCUAUCAUACAGAAUCUGUCAUCUCAAGAAGUGCCAUUCAGUGACAAACUUUCACUUCUAGAACAGGAAUUGCAGGAAGUGAAAGCUACAAUUGCUGAAAUUCGUGGUGUCAUUAAAAAUGAGGAGGAACUAAAUCUCUACAUUGAGAGGUUACAGGUUCUGCAUGAACGUGUGGAGCAUAUCCAAGAAGAAUUGGGUCGCCUUGGACUGAUGUCUGCAACAGAAUCUGAGAAAGUGAGCACAUUGCUGUAUACAGCUCGACAGCUAGAUGUGCAGGUGUCAGAGGAGCUGGAAGGUUCGGUACUGCUGAGAGAAAAACUGCAGGCCAUUCAGAAGGGUUUGGCUCGUGUAACGCGCAAUCAUGAAAGAGCUAGCUCUGUCCUUGACCAGUGUGAAGCCAGUGAGAAACUUGGCAGUGAUGUUGUAGAGCAGGCUGUCAUCAACUGUCAGGCUGUGGCAGAAGAGUUGGUGUCUCACUGGCAAGACUUGAUGACAUUGCGUCAGCUUCUUCAUACCUUGCCCAUGUGUCUCCGCCUAACAGUCUCACCUGUUCAGGUAGAGCGUCAGAUCUCACAGCUGCAGGAUGAGAACACCGCACUAGAAACACGAUGUGACAGGUUAUUGUCAAUGUUGCGAGCUAGACUUGCUCUUUGGAGACGUUUUGAACGGCAACUGGAGAUGGUACAGCAGUCUGUUCAAGAAGCUGAUUAUAUGAUGGAACUGCUCACCGUGCAAGGUUCUGUGGACUAUGAUCGCUUGCUGAAAGCAACUGAAAGACUAGAGGGUCUGUAUGGAUCUUUGGAUCAGCGGGAAGACCUUCUGGACGAAUUGAGAGCUGCAGCGGAACCAUUGACAUCUUCGUGUGAUCCUGAGGUGAGCCAGAAGAUAGAAGCUGCAGUACAGGAAGCGGUGACUGCGUGGAACGGUACCUGUCAGUCUCUUUUGGAUUUGUGCAAUCGGUACCAGGACGCUGUCAGAUUGUGGAAACAGUAUCGAGAAGCUAGUGACGCUGUUAAGGCUUGGGUUGAUCAACAACUAGACUCCGUCGCUCAGUUCAAACCAGAAGAGGCCCUUCGACAAGUCAAGGUCUGUGAAGAGACUUUGGCCGCCCACAAAUCCCGGCUAGGAGAGCUGAAAGGCCUAGUGGCUCAGAUUGCAAACGACGUCGGUCUGGAAGCCGGCGGGCUGUUAGAAGCUGAAGUGGACGCCCUCGGCAAACGCCUUGAGGAUGUCCGGGAGUCGCUCGCCACUCUGGUCGAGGCUGCAGAGUGCAAGGCGGCGAAUAAGGAACUCUGCACCGAUGAUCUUCUGCAGACUAAAUCAUACCUCUCUUCCGUGCAACAGAGUCUGACAACAGUGGAAGAAUCAACUGAGAAGGAUGUCGAAAAUCAGCUUGGAGCUCUGAGGAGUCAUCUUCUGGCCUUGGGCAGGACUGAAGGACAGCUUCAUGCUCUGAAAGAAAAGAGCUUGGAACUUGCCCCUGCAAAACCAGAAACAUCAGUUGUAGAAAUUUUGCAGUUAUGGCAGCAAGUUUUCAGGGAGACGUUCCAGCAGUAUCAUCGCCUGUCUGCUCGUCUUGUGAAGAGCCAAGAUGGAGCUGCAGCCCUAAGGCUGUGGCAGGAGUACCUCCUGCAUGUUCAGUCAUUCCUGUCCGGUUCUAUUCCAGAGGACUACCACAGUCUGACAGAACAUCAACAUCUCUGUGAGGUCCAUCAAAAUCUACUAACAAGUCAGCAGUCUGUACUUCUGUCUAAAAGUGAUGAUCCAGGUGGUAAAUUGGGAAAGGGAUUGGUUGAGUUGUCCAUUACUGAACAGUUUAAUUCAUUGACCAACCUUCACAAUGAGACAUUGGCACGGAUCAUGGAGCGUCAUGGAGAGGUACGAGAACGGUUGGCAGCCUGGGAUCACUACCGUCAGGAUCAGGCACGGCUGCUCUGUUGGUUACGUGACACUGAGCGUGAGCGAGGCAGGCUGCAGUUGCGUUAUAUACACACCAGACGAGUUCCAAAAAUGCUUCAAAGGAUAGAGUGUCUACUGGAUAAGGUCCCAACAGGUGAGUCUCAAGCAGAAAGUCUUCAAGAGCAACAAAGCAAAUUGCUUAAAUUCUGUGACGAUGCUCUGGCAACAUCAAUCCGUAUGGAGCAUGCUGCCAUUUCACAGAGAAUCAGCAACCUUCAGGCAGGGCUGGAAACAUGGAAAGGCUUCUUAAAAAAAGUAGCCUUGCUGACUGCUACUUUUGAGGAUCAAGUACAUCACAUUGAAAAUGUGUUCAGAGAAAUUCACUCUGCUAUUGCUGAACCAGGUGUUCUUCCACUCUCUCACACUGGCAUGCAGAACAGAUUGGAAAAUCUCAAGCUUUUGCGAUCUCGUUUAGUCGAACUUACAAGGGAUCUGGAGGAAUUGGGAGUAACACAGGAACAGCUUAAGGAAUGUGUGAGUCCAAUGGACAUGAAAACAAUGAAUCAGAAAGUAUGGCUCCUGUGGCAGGGUCAGGGAGAUCUGGAUCACCAUCUUGCUGUUCUUUGUCACCAGCUUGAAGAAAAACUGGGAAUGCGAACAAUGUUUGAUAACCGGCAAUCCAGGUUCCUAGUGUGGGCCUCUGAUGUAGAGUCAAGAGUUGACCAGGGAAGUGCAGCAGGAGAUCCUGAAGAGGUCUUGCGUCGACUAGAAACUGAACUCCAAGCUGAAGUGGCACUAAAAAGUAGAGAAGUUGACUGGCUUCUUCACACAGGCUCAGAACUGACCCAAGCUUGUGCUGGAGAGGCAGAAACAGAAGUUGAGCAAAGGAAGGAAAUAGAAAGCAAAGUUCAGCGAGUUCAGGAUGCAUGGGAUCGAUUGCAGAACCUGAGCAAGUCUAGGGCAAACAAACUUCAUGAUAUUCUUCAGACAGUAUCACAACUUGAACUGCGAAUAGCAGAGUUGCGGGCAUGGUUGUAUGAGGUGGAAGCUCGUUUGAAAAAACCACUGGUGUUCGAAUCUUGUUCUAAAGAAGUUGUUGAAUUGAAAAUACAAGAACAUGAGGAACUGCAGAGGGAAAUUGAAAAGCAGAGUGGCAGUUUUGCUGAUGUAUUGAACCUUUGUGAGUUACUGUUGAGCGACUCUGAAUCUUGUAAGACACCCAUUAACACCGAGUCAAUCGCAGUGGCCACAGAAGCACUAGAAAAGAGGUGGAAAAAUGUGUGCGGACUAUCAGCAGAAAAGAAACGGCAAAUCAUUUCCGUUUGGACACUUCUUCAAGAGGUUCUAAAGCUUUGUCAGAAGCAUCAACCUUGGUUGGACUCUGUGGAACAAAACCUGAAAGACAUUGAUAGCAGGAGAGGCCAGAAGUCACAAGAUGAAAUCCAGGACCUUAAAGUUAGAAUUGAGGAUGCAAUGAAAGACAUAGAAUCUCAUGGUCCUGCACUCCAAAUAUUGGACCAGACAUAUGUGAAACUUGAAAAGGAUAGUGGGCUGGAGCUGGAUAACCUGAAACAGUUGACAUCUGUGGUCCGUUCAGUAUUGCUUCGUUGGCACCAUCUGCAACCAACAGCUGUUGGCAUUAUUCAGCGGCUUGAUGAGGAGUUACAGGUGUAUUGUGACUUUCUGGCAGCUCACGAGAAAGCAGUUGUGAGUCUUGUACAAGUAAAUGUUCAGCUGACACAAAUCCAGCAGCUAGCUACUCCAGAACAAGCUGCUAUGCCAAGGGAACGUUUACUGCAGAUAGAGCACCUGGAGUCUGAGCUUGAAGCGUAUAGUGGUCUUUUGAGGAAUGCCGAUGAACUUGGCCUUGUGGUGAUGGAAAGAAGCAGACCUGAUGAAUUACCAGCUAUCCAAGAAAUGAUUGAUGAAUAUCAACUGUUGUGGAAAGAUAUCAAGGCUCGGAUUGCAGUGUUAAAGACUGAAUGUCAAGAAGAGAUUCAGAAAAGGGGAUUGGACAGGACAGUGGAUGAAGUGGAUGAAAGUGUUCAGGUUGAGACACUGAGAUUUGAACAGGACUCAGCAGUGCAGGUCAACACACUUCCUUCACUUACAAGGCUCACAUCUAGAGAUGCUUACUUGUAUGAGCUUGAGACUGCCAUCCUGGAAUGUGCUACAAAUUUGGACGCUUUAGAAGAUGCACUUCGUUCCCCCACCCCUCAGCAAGGCAGUAGAAGUCAGGGUUCCUCGCCUCAGAUGUCCAAAUUGAUAGCCACAUGUCAGUCAUCAGUUGAACUUACCAAGCAUUUGAGUACCUUGUUGAUAGAAGAAAACCAUGUAUCUGAAGAAUAUGCACGGACAAGAGAAGUACAUGAUCUCACAGCACGGUAUGAUCAACUGGUAUCUCAGGCUCGAGCCAGAGAACAGCGCAUGCGAGAAUCAAGGUCUUCCUUUGCUGAAGCUUACUAUUUUAUCUGUGAACAUGAGAGUGCAAGGUUGACAUGUCCUUUGUGCUCACGUAAAAAUUGGCAACAACUGGACAAUGAUUUGUGGAGACUGGAACAGUGGCUUCAGUAUGCUGAGGGGACGCAGAGCAGUCAGACUGCACCACCAUUUAACAUAGAACAGCUGGAAGACACCAUUCAAGAUCACAGGGAGUUCCUGAUGGACUUGGAGAGUCACAAGAAUAUUGUUGUUUCUCUAAAUAUUGUUGGGACACAUCUGGCUGAUCACACCGAAGAUACAGAUCGAGCAGAACAGCUCCGUGCACGUCUUAUGACAGUGAAUAGUCGAUGGGAUGCAGUAUGUCGUGUAGCAGCUGCCUGGCAAACCCAACUACAAACUGCACUUAUGGAGAAUCAUGAAUUCCACCAGAUAAUUGAAGAAUUAGUGACUUGGCUUGAAAAGACAGAAAAUGUCAUUAGGCAAGCUGAACCUAUUGAUCUUACAGAUGACAUUGAAGUUAUAGAAGCCAAAUAUAAUAAGUUCCGGGAACUGAGAAGUGAUUUGGAACGAUGUGAACCAAGAGUCAUGUCUCUCCAAGAGGCAGCUGAUCAGCUGCUCAGAAAAUCCGAAGGCCCUGAAGGUGCUAGCAGUACUUGGUCUCGCCUCACAGAUUUGCGACUGAAGCUACAGUCUUUGCGUCGCCUUACUGGUGUUUACAUCAUCAAGUUGGGCGCAGUUCUGGGUCGGGAUGCAUCAGAACUGGGGAUGUCAAUAACAACAGCAGCUACCAGUGGUUGCAGUACUGCUGCAACUUCACUCAUGAGUCUUUCACAAGAGCUUCUGGAUCAAGCUGUUCCUGGCCAAUUCGAAGGAUCGGCCCAUUCUGAACAACAGCACAAAAAUGACAAUGGGCGCAGCGAGCCAGAAGAUGUCGAUACAACAGUCCUGGCUCGAGGUUAUCGGUUCCUAGGGCGAGUGGUGCGAGCAUCGUUACCUAUACAGGCACUCAUGUUACUUCUGCUGGGAGUGGCAGCCCUCGUUCCAACAAGGGAAGAAGACUAUUCUUGCAUUCUCAGCAACAACUUCGCUCGCAGCCUCGAGCCUAUGUUGCGUUAUCCCAACGGACCACCACCUAUAUAAACUCUAGUAGUUGUAUUGUUUAUAAUCACAGUGACCAAUUGAAUAGAAUGUAUGUAUGUUAAAAAUCUCAGGCAUUUUCAAAUGAAGUUCCUACCAGGAAUCAAUCUCCUCGUAUUAACGCAUCCCAACAAGGGCAUUGGUCUCAGCAGAGGUCACUUUUACAUCAAAAUUGGAAAGAUUAUAUAGUUUUCAGUCAACAAAGGCAUGAAAAUAAAACAAAUUCCAGUUUGGACUAACAGAAACGUUCAUUCUGUUUCAUUAUGAAAGUGACUGCAUCAUUAAAUAUGAAGGAGAAAUUCUUAAAUGGGUGAGUGAUAAACGUCAUCUCAUAUACUGCAUUCAUCUCAUUUGAACAAAGGCUGCAGUGUACUAGAAGAUGUACUUACCUGAAGUGGUUUCAGCUGUAUGACCUAUCAUGUCUGUAGUAUGGAAGCUGAAAAUCUUUGUUGGAAAGUAUUCGCAUUUCUGAACAGGAAUAUUCAACAUGAACAGGAUAAACUGAAAGUGAAAUUAAGCUUGUUGCCUCUCUGAUAACUUGUGCUUGUGUUUCCAGCAGAAAGUAUCAAAUGUAAUGUCACUAAGAAAAUUAUGUGAGAACGUUUUUGUAAAAUAAAUAUAAAACAAAAAUAAAUAAUUUAUCAAUUAGUACUUAAUAUGUUAACAUAAAAAUGUUGCAGACUAUAGUCAUUGACUUGAAAUGGUAAUAUUGACAAAGGAAAUGAAUGCAGAACUUGAAUAAUCCAUUUCCUAUAUGCAUUUAUGUUACACUGAGAUUUCCAGUAGGUUUAUGGACUUCUUUUUAAUAUGUAUCUUUAUCUUCAGCAGCCAUACAGCUUUCCAAGGAAAUAGAUGAAUAAAUAUUUCCAAUUUGUGAUCAUGGUAUGGAUGCUCAUUCAUCCAAGCCCCAAGAGUGAAGGACAUGAGCGAUAUUGUAUAAAAUGUUAAUGGUACAGUUUGUAGUAAGGACAUUAUGUAUAUAUGAUACUGAAAAAAGACUUGCAAGAAAGAUUUUUAAUUAUAAUGUGUAAAUUUAAGAGAUGAUGAAAUUUCUUGUAACUUUAUCUUGUCUGUAUAUGAGGGGUAAUUGUGAAACAGGUUUCAUUUUUUAAGCUUUAUAUAACAGAGAAAGAAGGAAGCUAGUGUUCUGGAUGGUUAGUGAUCCAAAAUACCAUGCAUCAAAUCUUUUAAAGGACAGAGGAGUGGAACACUCUGUUCAUUAAGGGACUUAAUGCCUGGUUCUUGGAGCAACCAUUGUAAUUUAAUCUUACAGUGUGGCAAGCUUAUAUCUCAUGGAAGCUCUCCAGCAUGGGAUAUGCCAGUCUUGCUGUAUGAGAAGUAAAAGUGAAAUUCAUAAUCAAAAUCAGACCAGUUGGAAUAAUUUCUUUGUUGAACUAGAACAGUUCUCUAUAUUUUAAUUCUGAAAGUUUAUGGAACUGUUAAUUGUGUUAUGUUAUAAAAUGAAAAUUGUCCUGAUUUCAAAAUGGUGCUAUGAAUAGCUUAAUGUUGCUAAGUACUUUUUUUCUUUCCUCAAGAUGCCCUAAUUUAAAAUGUGGGCUAAUAUGAUUAUUAAAGAAGGUAUAGGGUACUAAAAGUCAUGCCUAUAUGUAAUAUAAAAAUAAUUCACCUAUGUGAAAAUAUCAAAUGAGAGAUUCUAUCAUUUAUGCUUGUUCAUUAACUUAUUCAAAAGCAAAAGCAUAAUUCAAUUAUGCUGCUGUUGAUAUUAAAGCUGAAAUCCAAAAUGGCAUGUGUUUGCCUCCUCUCAGAGGAGAUGGACUGUUAAUUUUAGCACAAUUGUAUGUUACCUGUCAAUGUUUUAACAUUAUUACUGCAUAUUAAUAUUUCUGUAUUUCAUAAUUAGUUCCCCACUUAUCUGAAGGUUUUCAUACAGCUUCAUUGUUAAUACCAUAUUUGGUACAUUUAAGAGGAAGCUUAGUUUAAUCACUGAUCUUGAUUACUUUGCCCAAACUAUUUUAUUUCAUAGCUCCAUUAAGUAACUAUCUGCUUUAUACCAGUGGCAUCUUGUAGUUGUAUUUUUAUAAAGAAAGAGCUUGGCAGGUGUGUGGUAUUUACAUUUCAAGGAAUAAAUAUGUUGGAUUUGAAA